GUAGUCAUCUGACGGGUUGAGCGCUCUGUGGACGUUACCGCUACAUGAAGGGCCACCACUAUCACCACAGAGCGGGACACAGACAACCUCCAUGAAGGACCGUCUCCUGCGACGAUAAGAAGACUCAAACAACCGAGGAGCGACCAGAAACACCGCCCGUGCGUUUGACGUUUCGCACGUGAGGACAAAUUUGUACUGAAAUGUAGCCAGCAGCAGCGCGAGCGUGUGUUGCUGUAUCCGCGCGGUCGCUGCAUGGCUCUUCACAGGGAUGCCAUGAAAAUCAGAAGAGCCGACUGAGAGACCGCUGCUCCUCGCUAUCACAGCAGACACGGCAGUGGCGGCGGCAGCGGCGGGAGUGGAGGUGAACGAUGGAUUGUGGUAAAAAGAUCCACAUUAGGUAGCGAUCACAAAGAUCCACGGAGAGCUGAACGUCUCUGUUGCACAGCGAGGAAGGACGCCGCCGGAGCCGUGUGAAGAUGGAUUUCAGCCUGCUCCGGAAUAUCAUCAGCAGAUACGUAAGGGCCCCCAUCUGUCAACACUGUCACAACUGUAGCUCUGUGACCUGCAAGUGCAACCAGAUAUAUCAUGCAUUUUCACUCAUUUCUAUGGGGCAGCAUCUUUUAUUGAUAAUGUGUGAGAAUUUACUGCACAACACACCAUUCAGAGCGUGGAUGAGAAACACUUGUGAAACGAUCAACAUUGCACUCGAGCUGCUUUGGCAGGCCAUCCACUGUGGGCUUUACAAUUUUGUUUUGUGGGGCAGAAUGGGGAAUGUGCCAGAGCUACAGAUGCAGUGAUGGCUGGUGAAUGUGUGGAAUAGAAAUGAACUUGGCUGGCCCAGUUUAGUUGCUUUCAUAGUGAGUUACUACAAGCAUGCAUACUAAACCGUGCUCAUGGCUUGCACUUGUCCUGGUCUGCAGUGGAGAUAAAUCCUAACAAGGAUCAGAGAGGCCUUGAGGGGACUUUUUCCUGCAUCACAAGUUUGUAGAGUUAGAUGUGUCCAGCUGUAUUGAUGAUAAGUUUUAGAGGUUUACCCUUUUACUUUGUAACUUGUUGCCUCAUUGUCAGGGUUGUGACUUGACUUGCGAACUUUUCGAAAGGAAGACUGUGCUGAGCUUUUUUUAUUUGAUUAAAUUCACAAAUGAAUAAUAUGCAUGAAUUCUUACAAGGCUAAGAUAUAGGGGUGCACCGAUCUUUAAGAAGCUUGACCCGCUGAUACCGAUUUUGCCCCAUACCUUUUUUUUAUGACUGACUUGGACUGGGUGAUUAUAUGAUCGUGAUCAUAUUUACUCGAUCAAACAUAGCGGAAAUGUGCGUCACAACAGCCAAUCAGAGUCAAGCUUUUCCCGCUCACUUCUGUAAGUUGUUGGAAAAGUAAACAGAAUGACCGAACGUGGAGCUAAACACGGAGCUAAGGGCAGCAAAAUAGAUGUCAGCCAUGACUUUGAGUUAUUCUCUGAAGAUGUUAUUGCUGAGAAGUUAUUCUAUCUCAAGUGACGUCGAGCAAUAAGCCGAUGUGCAAGGUAUGUCGGCGAAUUUGUUUCGUUAUUUACUUUGUAUGUUAGUAAAAUGUUGAACUAACUAAACUAGUUUCUUUAGUUUUUAGUACAGAUGCUUUCAAACAGGCAGUUAAAAAAAUCAUGAUAAUAAUCGAGAUUGGACGAUAUGACAAAAUAUAUCGUGAUCUUUUUUUUUGCCAAAUCGCCCAGGCCUAUGACUGACAACAUACACCUUCGAUGCUCCAAUCUUAUUUUACUAAAAACAUUAAAAACCUUUUUUGUAUUUGUUUUAACUGCACAUUAGGUAGUUCUUUCAAAUGAAAAGUUUAGAAUAUUGCUGUCCAAACUACUAAAUUAUAUCAGUUUCUUUAUUCUUUUAUUUUCCACAUUUUAAAAACUAACAAUACUUGCGCAACAGGUCACACUGCAGGCCUGUUUUGAGCCUCUUACCAAAAUUAAGUGUACAGCAGUAUUUUGCUUUCACAAAUAAAGGAAAUCACAAAGUUUGAGGAAGUUGGUAAAAUAAUAAUCUACAGGACAAACUAAACUGAUGGACGGGACUGUCAUUCUGGCAAAAGCAAAAAGCUUCAACGGCUGAUUUUCAGACUUCUGCUGAGGUAGAUAAAAUCGCUUUUAUGUGUAAGGAUCAGCCGAUCACUGAUCCCCCAAAAUUGAGCAAACCAACGCCGAUCGAUCGGCCGGUCUAUUUAUCGGUGCAUGUUUACAAUGAUAGUUUAAAAGUAAAAAGAUCAAGUCUUUCACUAAAUAUUAAACAGUUUUAAAGGAAACACUUUUUGAGUAAGAACUAAAAAGUUCCCUACAAGAAUGCAUACUAAAUUGUCCUCAUGUCGCCCUGGUCUGCAGAGAAAUAAAUCCCAGUCAGGUCUUGAGGGGCCAUGCAGGGACUCACUGUGCUUUCCUGGGUUGUAAAUUUUACUUUGACACCCCCAGCCUGAUAGAGUGGCACUUUCUGCAGGUUUAACCAGAGUAAAACAUCACUUAAAAAGAAGUCCUGCAAGGCUUUAUCAUUAUCGGUAAUCAGUUGUCAGGAAAUGUGCACUUGAAAACAAUAAGGAGAUACAGCUUUAACUGUAUUACCGCUGGGUCUGUUCUGAACCAGUCGCUGCCAUCAUCAGCACUCUCUGCUUAUCAGCCAGAGCAGGAAGCAGCUGGUUGGUGGGUGGCUGAAUUAGAGGGAAAAAGAGUCUAGUGGGAACUGAGUCUGACAGGUUUGGUGAUGUUCAUCAGACUGGGCACCUCUGGAGCAUUGUGACAUCUGCAACGCACAGUCUGCAACCCUUUCACCUGACCUUAAACCGGCUCAGGUGCUGCCACGAUAACUAUCAGCUCGAGCGUGUGCGUUCUUGCCGUUGUGUUAGCGUGCGUUUACGAGUGUGUUUGUGUGUGCAGAAGGCGAGUGACAGUGUGUAGUGAGCUUGACGGAUGCUCCAGCAGGGCUAAUAUCAGGGGAAAUCAGAUCCACAAGUGAGGCGGCAAAGAAGAGUCACUGAACACGCCCCUCAUCCCUCACCCUUCUCCCCUCUGCCUUCUCACCCUGUAACAUAGUGAAGUAGACAAGGGAUUAAUCAUUAAUUCAAUUAUCCACAUAUUGAUUGGGAAUCUGAGGAAUGUUUGAUGUAUAUGCAGUCCCCUAUUACUCGAGUACCACCCUUCAUUAACCCUGCCAUACUCCGAACAGCUGCUCCCGUAAUGAGGCUACAUAGAAGAACAAACCUUACAUCAUGCAAGGUGAUUAACAUGUGAUCAGUAAGGCGCCUCGGCCCUUUAUCCGGACACGGAGAGCAGCAGAGUCUCACCAAGGUCACAGCCUAAAUGUUGUCGCCUGCCUCCAGUGCUGUCAGAUUUUAGCUUUUUAAAAAACUGCUGUAUUAGUAUAUUAAAGUAUACUAAUAGCUUAUCCAGCCAUGAAAUUAUGUGCUUAGAUUUAGGCCACUUCGAAAAGCUAAUGAGCCUUAUCACUUCAUAGCUUGUUGCAUUUUAUCUGCCUUGUGACUUGUCCUUGAGGUAUUUUUGUGUAAAAGAAAAUUAGUGUUCACUUAUGAUGUAAAGUCAAGCUAGUCUGCUUGUUUUGAUAUUGACACCACUGUAGUAGUUCCACUAUGUUUACACUGUCUGACUAGGCUCAAGAAGAGAGGGAAAAAUUCUGCAUUUGAUGCUGGAAAAUAGGAGCCCAGCUUAAAGAGUUCAUGAAAGAACAACACAGCUGAAGUUUGUUGAGCUGGAAUAAAAUGAGACUAUUUCCCACUGAGUUAUCUGUCAAUUUUAAAGUUACGUACACAAAGAAAAUUAUUAAGAUUUUCUCAAACUGCUUUAUUUAAGAAAACAUACAUUUGCAUUAUAGAAUAUCCUGGCACAGACAACCAUGACUUUAACUUGUUUUAUCUUUUGCAUAAAGUUUCAGUCUUGCCUUAUAUAGGAAAAAAAAACACCAAAAUAUACAUUUGUAAUAACCCCAGAUCAAGCCAUAAUAUCAGCUGACCAAUGUUUCAGUUGGGUUCCGUCAAAAACAUGAAAAAGGAAUCUGAUGGGUCAGUAUUUCAGAAAUAUUGUGUAUGUGCCAUAGUUGAAAAAGUGGUAACUUUGUUGAUACAGCACCUUUAAUAGUAGACUUUUUCAACAGGUGAAAAGAAGGUUCCAGAAAAACAAAACUGCUUGUGUUGUUGUAUUAUAGAUCAAAUAAUGUGUUUGUCAUCUCAAAAUCUUUGGAACCAGUACAUCUUAAGUGUUCACAAAGACAAAACUUUCCAAAAAUUCAAAUCAGUUUUUUAUUUUAUUUUUUUAUUUCACACAGUUUAAAUAUAUGACAUGUAAAAAUGUAUAAUUCUUCAGAGAUUUUGAAAGUUGAAUUUAUCCUGAAAAAAGGGGCAAAAGAUUUCACCCAAUAGACACUUUUUGACACAUUUACAGCUAAAAAAAAGAAUAAUGACCAGGCAGACUGUUAAUACUACAGACUUUAAAGGGUUAAAAACAAAAGUCUACAAUGUGCUUUGACAGACAAAGCAAGUGUAAACUAAUGGUUUGAACAAGAGCAUUAAUAUGUAAAAGAAAGAUUUUUUUGUUUAUUUUUUAAAUAAGAUAAAUAGAAAAGAGUUCAGAAAAGGUGAAAUCACUUAAAAUCAAGUCUGCCAAAGUGAGUUUUAAGAAGUGAUGUAAAACAUGUCAUUGAUUCUGCAGCCCAGAUCUCCUCAGGGGGUUGUUCCAGAGUAAAGAGGCCCUGAGGUAAAAAAAAAACAAAAAACUAACUUUUCUUUAGACUUGAGCCUUGACUGUGUUAAAACAAAAUCUCACACCGCUAUCUGGGAUAAGUUUUUGAUUUGACUCAUUCCUUCAUCUCAGCCGUCACAUCAAAGCUAUUGAAAACAGUCACUUAGAAAUGACACAUUAUGUUUGUGCGGUCGCAAAGUUCGGCUGUCACUACGCCUUAUUUUUACACUCUUAAGUUUCCAGCAGCAGAAUAUUUGUGUCCCAGUGUUUGAUUUCCUAAUGUGUGGCAUUGUGGGAGCAGGAGAGGUAUGAUGUGUUCAAACACAGUGGGAGCUCCACACACAGAUCCACUGAAACUCACUCACACAGACAUGCUGUGGUUCAGCCCUGCUGGCUCUGACACUCCACAUCACCGCUGUUUACAGCUCUGCUACUACCUCUGAUGGCAGAUCAGAGGCAGAUCAACUUCACCCCACCAUCCCCCCUCUGUCUGUCUGGGGUGUAAUGGGUGCAUAGUUACCCUGCCUUUAAAUGGUAAUGUGUGGUAACACUUCAUAAGCUGUUGACAGGCGUAUAGAUCUAUACAGAGGAGUGCUUUAUGGAGGGAAAAAAGGAAAUAACAUUUUUUGACGGCUGGGCGUUCAGUCCUGCUUAUGAGCCUGUUUUUCUGAGUACAGAAAACUGCUGAUGAGUUGAGUCUGUGCCGUACAGUUGGUAGUUAUUGUGAAAAAAAAAAAAAGUCCUGGUGCUCUGCAGAGCGUGAAGUUUAAAUGGGAUCUUUUAUUGCAUAUUAAGCCAACUCUUUGCUACUUUUUUCACCCUGUUGGCAAAGAGAGGAAGCGAGCCUGUGUGUAAUAAGAUAUGGAGUAUAACAGAAGUAUGUGAGCGCAGUUUUGUGUCCAGCAGACUCUGGGUCAGAAUGAGAAAUCUUCUUAUUUAUCAUGAGAUAUAUCUGUCAGCCCCUGAAGUUUGAACAGAUCCUGUGUUGGUGUGUUAUAUCUGCUCUCUCUCUCUCUCUCUUUGGUGCCUUUUUGUCAUCUGGUAAUAAUAGCGAUGGCGUGAUGUCUCAGAGUGGUGCAAAGUGUGAGGGCUGCGUGAGGUCAUGAUCUGGAUCAGACGGGGGCUGGCAUGUGUGAGUGGGGGUCUUAUUUGAGAUGCAGAUGCCUUAUAGGGGCUUAAAAAUGCUUCGCUCAAACACGUGAGUUAACAUUUAGAUUUUCAUCAGCAAGUUAACCACCACAUCCUCUUGUCUUGAACUUCGCACACUGAGAUCUCUUCCUCUUCACCCUUGAUUUACAUCCAUCUUCAAAAGUGUGACUAUGAUUCUUGCAGAGGCCUCUCACCACAUCAGCAGAUGAAAGAGAAAGACCUCUCUUUCAUCUAAAGGGUGCCAGCAGGUCCCUGAGUGCCGAGGGGCUUUAGAAUGGUUUCUCACAACUUUACAGCUAUUUGAGUCGCCCGGCUGGUGUUGAAAGGGCAGAAAGCAACCUGCUAGAUUACCCUUAGCAACAUUAGCUGCCACAAACGUUAAGGGCAGUCUAUUCCUGUCUGCUGCCUCCACAUAGAAAUGGAGUUCCUUGUGGAGAGACAGAGGCUGUAGGUGACAAAACUACACAGGAUUUGUGUUUCGGUAAAGCUCCGCCAGCUGGCUUGUGUGCUUAUAUCAGAGGAAACAGCCAUGGAGCAGCAUGCUCCCUCAUAAGAAUGAUUAAGUUUCACACCGCACAGCAUACCCCGGACACAAAGGUCUCAGACGCAGCUUCAAGUCUGUAUCAGGAUGUUGUCAGGUUUUAAAUGCAGACAAAAUGAGAAAGAGGGUUUAUUCUUUUUUUGGGAUUCAGAUUACGGCGGUGAGAGAAAAAAAGAGAGACGAGAGGGAGGAGAGAGUAGAAGUAGCACAGCUGGAUUAAAGACUUAUGUAACAGCUGGAUCACAGCGAGUCAGGGGGGAGAGGGGGAAGCUGAGGCAACAACAGGGCACACUAUUUUGUCAUAUUAAAGUGUCUCCUCAAAGUAUUUGUCUGCUUUAUUUUGUUGCAGGUGCAUUCGGGUUUGCGUCAUCGGGGUGUCGUGUGGCUGUUGUCGUCAGUGUCAGCUGUUAAAACCUGUUUGUGAGCAGAAAGUCACUAUUUUUGUGUUUUUAGCCUGCACCUGUGUGACAGCCUCUUCAAAUAUUCCUCUCUGUAAACUAAAUAGUGCUGUCUUUCUCUUCGAGGUACUGUCUCUCCCCACUUUUGUUAUUAAUGAUCUGCCUGUUCUGGUACUUUUGAUGUUUACUCUCUUUUCUAUAAAGGAGUGCCCAGAGAAUACAGUCCAAGGAGGCUUGUACCAAAUUAAAACACCAAGUUAAUAAUAAGAAAACCAGCUGGAUAGGUUAUGUUUCCUUCUUUUGAAAGAUCUUUAUUAUCCCUUGUCAUAUCCAGUUUCACAGCAUUAUUUUAAUGAUUAAAUUCUUCAGAUUUGAUCUACAGUCUUCACAUAAUGAAGCAUCUAUUUGCUGGCUCUGUUUUUCUUUGCAUCGCAUUACGAACUUGUGGACUUGUUGCUAUGGUAAUUAAUGGCGAUGGGGUAGCCGUGGAGUGCAUGUUGAGCAGAUACCCUUCUUCCUUUUCAUCCGAUCAAGGUCUCAAGGUUUCUUUUAUCUCGGUUCAAAGCUACGUCAACAUUUAAAGCUUCUUUUUGAAAGAGUACUGAGCGUGUUUAAAGUCUCAACCUUAGAUGAACCCAGAGUGAUUUUCUCAGAGUCUCUUAUUCUCACUCUCAGAUAUUGUGUCAAAGAAAUAAUGUGAAUAAUAAAUUAGCUCAUUCUCUUUUUAAGCAAUAUUUUCCGGCUUUAUAUUUUGAGAGGAUAGGACAGGUUGGAAACAAACCCGGGUUGACUAUUUCAUGACCAUAGUCUCUGUAUGACUCACAGACCAAAGUGGCGCCCCAAAACCAGCAGUUCUGAAAUAAUUUUGUCUCUAACAAGUAACCUAGAAUAUUAGAGUUAGUCAAUAAUGCAGGAUUAAUAUUCUAGCUAUUUAUUUCUCUAAAAGCAAAUAAGUAUGAAGGAAGGAAUCUCCUGUGGAAUCACAAGCUGUACAAAAAAAAUGAACAGUUCUCACUUUGGUUUGUUAAAGUUUAUUGACUGUUCUGUGUAAAAUAUGUAGGAUUAUUUUAAAUUAGCAUAUGCAUAUAUUUUACAGAUGGUAAUAGUGGUCUCUGUUCAUCUGUUAACACAGUGGACCUGUUAAAAUGAGUGGAAAAAUCUUGCUAACCUAGCAGACGCUGGUUAUAGCUAGCUUGUCUUUAUUAGCAUUCUAUUUUGUUUUUUGAUGAGUGCGAAUGGUCUGAAGUAUUUUUUUGAAAAUAUCCCAACAAUUUUUUUUUAAUGCUAAGCCAGAUAUGUAGCUUACCAUUAAAUUUAAAGGAACAGUCCGUAAAAUGAGGCUAUUUAGAGACGUCUAGCUGUAAGAUUCGAGAAUGGAAUGCUUUCUUGCCAACCUUUCCUGUCACUAUGACAACAGUGGCUGUCAAGGACCAAACGAAAUGUACGCAAUAUAGACGGCAUCAUCCACAGCAGUAAAUCAGCUGUUUGGAACGUAAAAUUGUGAUGUUUUUUAUAUUUUAUUUUAAUAAAGAUAGUUUUUAACUCCUCAAGAUCUUCAGUUCUUCACUUUUUUGGUAACACAGGCUGACCUUAGCAAAGUUACUUACAAUCUUUCUUAAAAAAAGUCGGUGUAAAACAAUUUUCCCAGUAAGGUUUGUUGCAAAGUUAUGAUGUUACAAGAAUUAAGUCUUGAUAAAGUCAAAGUUUUGGUUUGCGAGCAGCCAGCUGCCUGUGCUAUGAGAAACAUGGAGCAUCUUGUUCAAUUGUUCCUAAUGUUUUGGCACCUCAGCACCACAUUGUUAUAUGUAAAUAUAUUUAUAUGAUCAAAAACUACUAUCAAAACAAGUUUAUUUAUGUUUUUAAAUUUAUUUAAAUAACUACUGAUCUCACCCUAUCUUCUCUGUUUUCCCUCUGGCCUGUCAUAUGUAACCUCUCAAUAAUUAACACAAUGUGUUUCGUUCCUGCUAGUUUGUCCAUUCUGAGCUACUGUAGAAAACAUUGCGGAUUGACAUGACACCUUUAAGAGUGAGGAGCUGCUGCUUUUAUGAUAUGAAAGAGUUUUUCUAAGACAGCAGGAAUGAAACAAUUAAGAUUUUCCAAACUAACUUAAACAUACCUCUUUAUACUUUUGGGAACAUGCAGGUAAAUUCUACCCACUGCAUCUUUAAUGACACUACCUUUAAAAUGAAGGGGGCUAUAUAUCAAGCCCAUUAGCUACAUAACAGUACCACUUGGCAGUCAGAAGUUAGAAAUAUUUACUGCAAUGCUUUAAAUAUGUUCAUGUUUACUUUACGGAGGAUAAAGUGUACACCCUCUGAUCUUUAGAGAUGGAUCAUCAUGUUGUGUGUGUGCGUGCGUCCUCUCUCCAUUUAACAUGAGCAGUCCAUUAAGGCUGAGCCUAGUCAGACGAAUUUGAUCUGUGAGUUAAUUAGUGCUACCUGCUCAACAUGCUGAGCGCUUCUGCUGCACAGCAUGGUGGGACGGUGGGGGAGGGGCGAGACACGACCAUUUAAUCAGAGCAGUUAAUGGUGUAUACCUUUUAUUACAUCUCUGGGGUUUAAAGGAGUUACAUCACGAGGAUAGCGUGGCGAGAGUAUUACCCUCUUAGGGUCAGGGGUCGCUUUUCAAAUGAAAAUAAACACAUCUCCUGUCCUGUUAGGCACUAGAGUAGAAAACCAUUGUUAUCUCAAUUUAGAUCCAAAGUUUUAACAGUUUAAAACUCAUCGUCCCAAGAGAGUCAAGUAUACUGAACAAUUUCAAACAUGUGAGGAAAGGUUACAGUGGCGGGAUCAUCGCUCUUAUCAAAUCCAUCACGCCGCUAUUAAUGAUUGACGGUGAUGUAAGAGCAGCCUCAGAGCUCAAGGGCUGUUUUACUGUUGUUAAUAAAGACAAAGCCUCCAUGUCCAGCAUCCAACCAGCCGGCCACUUUGUCUGAUGGUGCAGCAGAGUGAGGAGGGAACAGUGGGCCGGGGGUUGAUACGGAUCAGUGAGGAUUAAUGAUCAGAUAACUACAAACCACAAUGCAAUCUCUCUGUGUCUUUCUCCAUCCCUUUGCCUCAGUCACACUGUCAGGAGUGUGACACAAACUGUGACAUGGAGGGAAGGGGAGAAAAUGUGCGGAGAGAAAUAUGAAGGGAUGAAUGCUGAAGGAGUGUGAAGUAAAGAGUGAAAUAUUUGAACAAAGUUGAUGUAAAACUGCUGAAUUUGAGGCACCCAGGCUAUGUGAUGUUAAUGAUUGUUGUUUUUCCACUAACAAGUCACUGCUGCUGCUGGGGGCUUACUCGUAAUUUGCAAGCACUCUGGCUAGUGUCUGGGAAUUAAAAUCAGAAAUGCAAGAAUAUCAAAGCAUCUUUCAGUUUAUGGACAUUUUAUGAGCUAAAUUAAACAUAACUGACAGAUCAAACCGUGACUUUAAUGAUUUCUUCCUAUUCUUACAUUUCUCCUUUUAAUAUAUUGAUGUGGAAAAUAAUCACAUUAAAUAAAACCAUCAAAAAAUGGGUCAAAAAAACUAUAACUAAUGUUUCACUGUGAUGCAUAUAUCGUGAUAUAACUCACUUGUGAUCAAAUGGUUCCUUCAUAUUCUCUUACCGCUGUAAUAGACUGCAUGCUGAAUGGACAUCCUGAUUUUAUUGGAUGUUUCUCUCCAUUGAAUUAUGAAGGAUUCAGUGUCAGACUAAAAUAGAUAAUUUCUUGGAAAGAGAAUCUUCUUGCUGGUUUCUCCUGCAACUCUGGAAGUUUCAAGAGCAACCAGGAAGGUCUCGAAAUAUGAAGUCAUCCUCAAACAGCAAAGAAGGAAAAUGUGUUCUUGUUUAAUUUGAGGAGAUUGUUGAUGUAUCAUCAUGAUGUGUAAGAUAAGAUAAGAUAUACCUUUAUUAGUCCCACGGGGGGAAAUUCCAAAAAUCACAGUAGCAUAGAUACAAAUACAAAAGACAAAUUAAAGGAUAGGAAAAUUAUAUACAUGUGUACAGCAUAUACAUAUCUAAUAGGUCUGUCUCACGUUUGCACCAAUAGCUCACUUACAUCAUGUGAGCCAGGAUUAUUUAAUAAUGAUAAUAUUAUUACACCUUUACAAAGUGCUUUGAUAAUUUGCGUCAAUAAUACAAAGCAUAAGAACAGAACAAAAAGCAAAAACCCUAACAGCGAAAAAAAGGACACCCUUGAAAAAUUCAGUCGACAUCAAAACCCAGAAAACACAUAAAGAAUUCUAGAGCAUCAUAUGAAGCUAAUAAACACAUCAUAAAAAACUAGAAUAAUCUAAAUGAACCCUAGAUGAACCCCGGCAACACAGGAAUACAACCGCAUAAAUAACAUAAAUAACUAAACAGAGCCCCCAGUUUUACCCUAAUUCAGUGAAACGGUUUUGACUCUAAAACAUUUUGAUGCUCUGUAAAAUACACUGACUGUUUGCGUAUCUUUAUCUUGGUCAGUCAUAUCUUCUCUUUCCUAAGGUAAGCGAUUCACUCAACCACAACGUCUACAAACUCUCCUCUUCCUUUUUGUCAGGAUGUCUUUGUUCCUGUCAGUUUUCCAUCGUCUGAUUGUUCUGUAUACAGUCUUUUUAACUCGUCUUUGUUCCUUCCUCUGUCUCUCCUGCUCCAGCUGCUCACUUCUCUCCGAUCUGCUACUCCUCUUACACCACACUUUCCGUUUCACUGUAUCUAUCUGGGCCAUGCUGCCACCCCCCUACCCCUCUUCAUGUUUUGGAGGGGUCUCAAGUCGGCUAACACUGUUGGCUCAGUGUCUAUUUUUAUCUCACUGCCAAGCGCCUGUUGAUUGCUGUGGAUGAGUUCAGAUCUGUGACUCUGAGAUUUUUGCAAGUUGCGAUUAUGAAAAAGUUAAACGCUAGUUUUUGAAUUUUUUCCCACGUCAGGAGUAAAAGUUGCAUCGCCCUUCGUUUGAUCUUUACUCCAAAGUUAACAAGGGAUGUGAGUUUAUAGUAGUGCUCAAGCUGAAACUUUUUUUUAAAGUUAUAGUUUUUAGAUCUACAAGGUUACGGAGGGGACGUGCGAACAUUAAAAGAUUUGUUCAUUGGCAGCGAUUAACUCCGCCUCUGCCAAAAAGUUGAGGACAUUUUAAGCAGUGGAGCGCUGCUUCCACUGAAGUGCUUGUUCCAGAACUUUUCUGCUAAUGGUCAACACUUCUGUUUGAGCUGUGUCAGGCGGGCCGCUCUGCCAAAGGCUGCGCUCACACACUGCCCACUCAGAGAAUGAAGCUGUGGGGCCACGUAGGAAGCCAGAUGGAAACAAACAGCUGAAUGCUGUGGUCUCUUGACUCGUAUUUUUUCUUGGAAAGCUUUCUUCCCACAAUACUGUGUAAAGAAGGACACCUUGGGAAAAUAUGUGCUGCGCUAAACUCCCAGAAUGCACUCUGUUGGUCCCCUCGGGAGCCACUUAGAUCUAAUAUAGAUCAGACAGAACUGAGGUAGAGAUUUCAUACACUCGAUCCAGUGUGCUCCCUUUGUUUUGUAUCAAAGCAUCGAUAGGUUAUAGUAAAAAAGAGAACUUUUUAUCUGUGUGGGAAAAAAGUUAUCAAAGGACAGCAGACUAAAGUAAGCUCCAGCAGAAAGAAGUGUAAAGAUAGAUGGCAAAUUCGCACUUGUGUGAUUCAGAUGAUCCCGCCUACACACAAUAACACACACAUCCCUCUGUGUUGUCUGUGAGCUGGUUAAACAAAUUGGCUAAAGUUGUGAGAAAAUCUUUUGUAAUAUUCCUUUUUGAUAAAACUCUGGACAGAUAUGAGACUUUAUUUAUAACUCAAUCAAACGUACCUGUUUUUAGGACUGCAACUUUGAUAAAUUGAAAAAAAAGUGUCGCUUGUUGUGAUUCCAUUGCAGAAAAAUCAAAACGUCCCACAGAGAACAAUUUUGGUGUCCUCAAACAAACCGCUCGGUUUGACGAUCAUGGUACAAGAGACAUUUGAGAUGCUAUGAUAAAGAUGAUUUUCUCACUUCAGAGGCUAAAAAAUUGGAAUGAUUGAAAUCUCAUUUAAAAACCUUCUUGAUUACUUGAUAAAAAAAACAUACAAGAUGUUUCUUUUUCUGGCCAUCAGUUAAUUGGAACAGCAUUUAGCAAGUGUUGAAAAAAUAGAAAUUAUGGAUAUAACAGAUGGUGGAAGAGUAUUUGGAUUUACACUGAACAAUGCAUAUCUUGAGAACAGUACGGUUAUAGAGAGAUGUAGGGCUGGUUUUAAGGUGUUAGAGCGUGUGAAUGAAGAGUGUCAUCUCUAAUUGAGUCAUUGAAGCGAUGAAGAUAUAAACCUAAUGGCUGUUGAGGCUGAACAUCAUGAUUUAACCCCAUUUCCCCUCUCUACCUGUAUUGCUAUUUAUAUCUCUCCAUAUAUCUCUCUCCUUGUCAGUGCGUGGGGGAGGAGAUCUGGGUGGACAGUCGGACGGUGUACAUUGGGCAUAAAGAACCCCCUCCGGGAGCUGAGGCCUACAUCCCUCAGCGUUACCCCGACAACCGCAUCGUCUCCUCCAAGGUGAGCGAACCAUACUUCCUUUGUGAGUCAGUGCCAAAGCAUUGUUCAUCAUCACACUGUACUUUUGUUUCAUAUUUAGACAGCCAUGUAAUCUCCUUUGUAGACAUGUUUUUAAGGAUGACACAUUUCACUUUCCUUGUGUUCGUCAAGCGGUGCGUCACCAGCUUUCCUGCCAGAGGGGCUGGAGGAUGAUGUGCCUUUGUUUCCCCUUCUCCUUCAGUGUGUGUGUAUGUGUGUGUGAUAGUAAUUCAGCUGUCUCUGUGUCUCACAGUACACCUUCUGGAACUUUGUGCCCAAGAAUUUGUUUGAGCAGUUCAGAAGGAUCGCUAACUUCUACUUCUUGGUCAUCUUCCUGGUCCAGGUAAAGAGUUUUUCCUUUUCACGCAACAAUAGAGAGUGCAAACUUACAAACAUUCAACUUGUCACAAGUAGCUAUUGGCAACAAAAGAUCACUGCAUCUCUGGGUCUGUUUUAAGUAUUUUUUGGAUUGAAAAAUGGAUGCAACACAAAACGAUAUAAUAUCAUAUUAUACUAUAUAAUAUGAAACAUUUAAAAAGACAGACAGACAACACAGAGGGAUUAAAAAAACAAUUCCAAUCCUUGUUAAUAAAAAUCAGCCUUCUUUUGAUAUAGUGUUAAAUGAUAGAAUAAAAAAUGAUACAAUGAAAUAUAAUGUGUUAAAUAGAUUUUGCUUUCCUGAAGUAAUCUUUUAUAUGAAAUGAUCUGAUACAAUGUGACACAAAUUCAAUAUGAUACAAUAUGAUAGGAUACAGUACAAUCUGAUACAAUGUGAUAAAAUACUAUAGGAUAGGAUAGGAUAGGAUACGAUACAAUACAAUACGAUACAAUAUGAUAAAAUAUAAUAUGAUAGGAUACAAUACGAUAUGAUAAAUUAUGAUAGGAAACAAUAUGAAAUGAUACAAUAUGAUAGGAAACAAUACAAUUAGAUACAGUAUUAUAAAAAAACGAUAUGAAAGGAUACAAUAUGAUAGGAUACAAUACAAUCUGAUACAAUAUGAUAAAAUAUGUUAUAAUAGGAUACAGUGUGAUAGGAUACAAUACGAUAUGAUACAUUAUGAUAGGAAACAAUACAAUUUGAUACAGUAUUAUAGAAUAGGAUAUGAUACGAUACAAUAUGAUAUGACACAAUAUGAUAGGAUACAAUACAAUCUGAUACAAUAUGAUAAAAUAUCAUAUGAUAUGAUUCAAUAUAUUAUGAUACAGUAUGAUGCAAUAUUAUUUGAUUUAGUAUGAUACGAUACUGUACAAUCUAGUUGAUACAUUUUGAUAUGAUACAGUGUUAUGCAAUACAAUACAAUAUAUGAAUACAAUGGUCAGUUUUGUCACCAUGGAAAGUUUGUCUUCCUAUGCUAGCCUUUGAUACAACACUUUAUGGUAUGAUUUGAAAUUACACUGUACAGUAAGAUAUGAUGCAAUUUAAUACAAUGCAGAGCAGUUCUGUAUGAUAAAAUAAGAUCUGAUAUGAUAUGAUGAAUAUAUAUGAAGAAUAAUGUUUGUUUUUGCCUGUGUAGAUCUCCCUGAAUCUGACAGCCGAAAAUAAACUCAUUGAUAAAAAUACGUACUGUCCCUUUAAGUCGUUCUGCACAGUAGUCAAUCAAACAAACAAACAAUCAAAGUGCUUGAAAUCCUUAUUGUUCACAGAUUUCAUAAUAAGAUAUUAUGAUUAUCCGAGAUCAACGGUCAAAUCCUGCAUGAGGGUGAUUAGGAUAAUUUGAAUUUUCUAACGUCGUGUAAUCGCAUUAUAUCUUGAAGUGAGGAGUGCUGGACUGCUCAGUGUCUGUCUGUCUGAAUCAGAAUCAAAGAGCAACAACUUUUUCCUUGAGCCACUGUAGUGCACCCACUGCUGAGUAAUCACGCAAGGGCAAACUCAUCAUAGAGGAGGGGAAGGAGGAGGACACAACAAUAUCUUUACUUGCAGUCGGCUAAGUCGACAAGAAUGCAACUUUGUCUGCUUUGUGUUGUAUCAGUAGCGUGUGAAAUACGGCACCUGCUUAACAGGUCGAACUGGGCAAUGAACAUGUUUGUUGUCCUCUUUUAUUUUGUUAACCCUAAAAUUCUCUUCCCAACUAUGACUGCUCUGCACAUCUGCUCUAAGAAUAUAAACAACCAUAAAAGGAAAAAGCUCACUGCUGGAGGAUACUUCCUGUGAGUGCAGAUGGAGGAAAUCAAAGUAGAUUCAAUUACAUGGAUACUUGAACUUGAUUCCUUAUUACAGGAGCUUCCCUUUGCAGCACUUCCUUACUCAGCGUUGCAUUUAUUGGCUGCCUCUCUCUUCUUUUUUAUCUUGCCCCCCCCUCCUGCAUCUUCCUCCUUCUGUUCCUCUCUCUUGCAGCUUAUCAUCGACACCCCCACCAGCCCAGUCACCAGCGGCCUGCCUCUCUUUUUUGUUAUCACUGUCACCGCCAUAAAACAGGUAGGACACACACAAACGUGCUCACAUUUCCAGGAAAUAUUGUCCCCUGCCUUACACACUCACUCCCGGCCUCAAUUACACACACUCGCUCCACUAUUUGGCUGCUCUCUUCUCUGUAUACACACAUUCCUCUCUCAGCGAAAGGACAUGCUAUUGAAUAUGUCUGGUGAUGUGAGAAAUAUGAUAAUGAAUGGUCUCCUCUGUUAAUCACUCUAGCUGAGGAUCCCAGGCCCCAGGGAGAUGCAUCCUCUCUGCCGCGUCCUCGUGCAGAGGGAUGGGGUAGUAUCGGUGAUAGAUGGAGCUGCUCUAGCUAAGGAAGCCAGAGCUUUACUGGGACAUAAAUCUAAAACAUGACAUGUUGGCUAGAAAUUCAGGAAACAGGUCACUAAGCUGGGAGAGCACAGUGCUAAUUAAUUACCGAGUAUGACUUUCACCUCUCCCCUUCCUGGUUUCGCACUCUGCUCUGGCCCCGAUCCUCUCUACACAAUAAUCUAUACCCCCCCGCGCCAACAAACACUUUGGCUUUCUCUUCCUUUUCCUCGCUCACAGCUUUGUACUCUAUCCCCUCUCUCUGCGUCUCUCUCAGGGCUACGAGGACUGGCUCAGGCACAAGGCUGACUGCUCUAUAAAUGAGUGUCCGGUGGACGUGGUGCAGCGGGGGAAGGUGGUGAGGACGCAGAGUCACAAGCUACGGGUAAGAAUGGCCUCAUUAGAGCAGCACAGCACCUGAGGCUACGAUGUGUCUCUACAGUACUGCUGCAAAGCUCCAUUUUUCUAUAACUGCCUCCACAGUCCCUCUUUCUCUUCCUCUCCAACUUUGUUGCUUCCUGUCUCGGUCUCUCUUGACUUUCCAACCAAUUAAUUCCCCUAAACUGCAGUAGAGGAGCGAUGACGAUGUCCCUCGAGGCGCCCUGCACGAGUUCCUCUGAAAGUAAACAGGACGGAUGUAUUUCAAAAGUUCAGACAUUCUUGUCAUCAUCUUUGGAUGCUCUCUUGCAUCAUUCUGAUACAGCAGCGAAUAACUAGCUUGACUGAGGAGCUCAGUUUAGAUCUAUUGUGAAACAUUAUGAAACAUUAUGAAAAGACAUAUUAUGAAACAAAAUCCACCUUUAAACUGUUUCGUCACCAAAAAUAAUCAACUGGGCAUUUUUGCUGGGUUUUAUGUUGGCAGAGAUGUCAGUAAGUAAUCUUAAACAUGUAUUUUUCUGUGAGGUCGAGAUGAACAACAUGUGUUUUCACAUUUAGCUAUCAGCUCUGAGUUUUGAGUUUUGGACAGAGGAGACAGUUCAGUUUUGAAAGUUAGCAAUGCACAACAGACACGGCUAAUGACGCAGACAUGGAGGUUGACUGCUUUUGACCAGAUUUGACCUCUCCACUGGAUUUAAAGCUGACAGACUGAUGGAAAGUCAGUGCAGAGAGAUAGCUCAGACUGGCAGAGCUGGCAUACCAGUAAGUCUGCAUACCAGCAACAUCAGUGUCUCCUGAGCCUGUGUUUGCUGCUACCAGGCUGACUGUGACCUGGAUGUGCUUCAGACUGACGUAUGACCCUGCGAACGUGUAUAUUUUCUCAAAAAUAAGAGUACACUUUGAAUUUGUUUCCCGAUUACACAGACAUUCGAUCAUCUUGAUCACUGAUCUAUGUAUCACACCAAAUGUUUCCCUCUGUAAAAACAAGCGCUUGUAAUUCAGGGUUAAAAAGUUGUAUAAAAAUAGGAAGGACUGUCUUAAAGGAUACGUUUUAUGUAUUUCCAUUUAUAGUUUGAGUUUCCAUAGGGGUGAAGAUAUAUAUAGCAAAAGCUCAUUAUUUAGUCAAACACACACACACACAUUCAGUCUUUUUUCUCUGUCCCCCUUUCUCUCUCACACACACACACAACAGCCUGCAUUUUUAUCGUGCCACAUUCUGGGCACGCACUUCAGACACAUGUCAAAUAGUGCUAUCUGUUGUUACAUACCACAGCCAACUGUCUUUGCUUUUUUUUUUAUGUGGACACAUAAAGUUGAACCAGAGGGGACAACAAUUGUUUAAGUACAAAAGCUUUAGCCUUGUUAAAGUAGAAAAUAAACGCCGUUCCUUUCCCACUGUGGAGAUGAAGUAGACAGGCAGGCAGUAGUUAUGAUCCCAGAGCCCCUGAGUCUGAAGUCAAAUGUCCUUUCUUUAUUCAGGCCUGGACAAGGUCGUAUUUGUCGAUAAAUGGUCCAUUUAGGUCCACACAGAACACAGCAGUAAGCCGGUUCCUGGUCGCACAGUUAGUGUUGUCACAUUUUGCUUCUUUUAACAUGUGAGUAAUAGUAUCCUCCGUUACAAAAAGCAUAUUUUAAUUUUCAUAUUAAUGUUUGUAAUGUAAAUGUCAAACCACAGUCCUAUGGUUGUACGCCUAUCAUGGAAAUUCAGACUCCUCCUCAUGGUAGCUGAGCUUUCAUUGACUCACAUACAUCUCAAACCUUGUCUCUCAACAAGUAAUGCACAAGUUUGCUUCUUUCUUCUGUCCUCCUAAACUUUAAGAAAUGUAUCAAUGAUUUGAAAAAAAAGAUGGAAAAUUAGCGUUUUAUAAGGAUUGUAUAUUAAAAAAAAAUGGAAAUAUUGCAUUUAUUAUAUAAUCGUAGGUCAGUCAGCUGGUCUUGAAAAGCUUUAAGAACAGUGAAUUUGAUUAACAGCUUUCAACACAAUGCCUGAAGGGGUAUAAAGUCUAAGAUUUAAUUUAUAGGAUCUUGGAUAUUUCCUUAUGCCAAUUUGGCUCUGAAACAUAGACUAUAAUCUUAUUUGCAUCAUGGGCUCUCAGGAGACUCUACUUAUCUAUACGCCAUGACUACUUUGAGGGAAGUGGACUGUUCGGGGAGGAGACUGUCAGAUUAUUUUUACAGCUUUACUGUAUCUGUAACAAACAAGGCUGCAAAAGGUGGGACUCUAAUUGGUUUUGAGAGAGAGGGUAAAUGGCCUCUUGGGCUGUCUGGAAAAAAAAGAGUAGCUCCAAUCAUGACACCUCACAGGACAGACUGAGGGGUGCUGAAAACAUUAAAGAAAGACUGAGUUCAUGAGGCCAUAAGACAAUCAUUUAUACAUUUCUACUUUGUUUUAGUAGUCCUAUUUCUGGUAACAGAUAUAGGGGGUAGCUUCACUGUGCCGACACGUUACUCUGCAGAAAUCCUAUAUCAUCCUCGUGUGAAUGAAAACAGAUGUGCUGAGUUCAGCAGCUCACGUGUAGCCGCACAGAUAUGGUCUAUUUCAGGCUUGUUUUACUGCUCUGUCUGAGGGUGUAUAAGGAGUGCAGGUUUAUUUAUUUUCUCCUGUGUCUAUCAAGUGUGUUGAGACUGUGUUGAGGACCAGCUCAGACACGGUCCUCAAGUUUGCCACUUAGACUAAAAUGCUCAAUAGUCUGGAAGUUUGAUAGGUUUAGUAAGAUUUUUUUUUGGUACUAAAUGCAUUAAACAAACUCCACACUUUCCCCCCAUCUGUCGUUUUCUCUUCCUCCAUCUCCGUCUGUCUUCCAGCAGUUUUGUACCAAGGUUUCUCACAGCCUUAGAUCAAACACAGAGGAUUAGAGUGUGAAUUGGGAGCAGGAAUAAUGAUGAAUAUAUUAAUCAUGCAAAAUCAGAGAGCGUGUGUCAUGUGUAUGGUCACCAUGGAGAUGGGAUUUAUCAAAGCUUAAGCUGCUCCGCUCACAUAAUCCAUUACGCAACUUCUCAAUCCUUUGGGGAAAAAAAAAAAAGGAAUGGUAAAGGAUGAGCAGACGAUUACCCGCAGGUCUGUUUCUUUGUCUGGUACUCUGCGUGUUUAUGUGAGCCUCUCGUCAAAACAGUCCCCAUCUAUUAUUGAUAACGUCUCUGUCUCUGUCAGGUGGGGGACAUCGUCGUGGUGAGGGAGGAUGAGACUUUUCCCUGCGACCUCAUCCUGCUCUCGUCCAGCCGCUCUGACGGGACCUGCUAUGUCACCACCACCAGCCUGGACGGGGAGUCCAGUCACAAGGUGCCAGACAGAGAGCAUGAUUUUCACUGGACAUGUUUAAAUAAACUUAAAAUCAAUGACGACCAAACAUGAAGGAUUAAUGAUUCAGGAGAACUUUAGAGGCUUAGUUUGGGGCAUUUAUAGUGUUAAAACACACUAUCCUGUGUUUUUUAAUCAACAAACCUUCAUGAAACGAAGCUUCGUGUAACAAUUUUUAAUUUGUAAAAGCCUCCUGACUAUCUUUUGGUUUAUUUAUUAAUCUAUUGAAAGCCUCAGAAAAUCUUUGCUUGUGUUUACAUGGUUUUGUGCAUGUAGUUUUUCCUUUAAUCAAGGUCCAUAUUGAAAAAAGUGAACAAAGCUCGAUGAUUAAUUUGCUGAACAGCGUGAAUUGACUAAUUAUUAACUUGAUUAGUUUGUUACAUUUAUUUUGAGCUGCUGUACAGAAUCGCUUUUUUUAUUCAUUUGCCAAUUCUUCCUUCAUUUGUCAAAGAAAUGUUUUUGAAUUAUUUUUGAUAUAAUUUUUUUCUAGUAUUUUUGAUAUCUCAAGUUUGGAUCUAAAUUAUAUUCAAGUUUUCUAUCAUGUAAAGUGAGAAAACAAACAAAUUCUGCUUUAAAAGGUCAAAAUAAGAUAUUUUUUGUUGUAUUUUUAUUAUAAAAGUCUAAUCGACUGUCAUAUCAGGUACAGAUUUUCUGUUGAUUUUCCAAACUAAGAUUGACUGAGAAUUUUGACACACAAAAAAACCUUUAUUGAGUCGUCAAAUCAGUCAGUUUGAUGCUUUUCUUUGUCAUUUGUAAAUAUUUUCAGUUAUUCAGACAGUAGAGCAUUCAUGUUUUGAAGUUUCUGAAUAAAACUGGAGGGUUUAUCAAGGAAAAUAAAGAGACAGAAGAAGAAUGAUGAGGAAAAAUGCCAAAAUGAUAUGAGCAUUAAGUCCUUAUUUUACUAGAAUUGAGUUGUGAGAGUAAUAGUUGUAUGUUUUUGAGAAAAUAGUCGAAUUAAAGAGGACGUUUUAAUGUGGCUCCAAUACUCAGCCACAGUAAGAUGUAGAUUUAUCAAAACUAAAGCGCCAUUGUUCGGUCCAUACAUUAAAAAAGGACAGAUGAGUCAUGAAGUGAUCACAGACUCAUGAAUGUUUAAUGCUGCAGGUGCCACUCCCCCUCUGAUGUUCACCGCUGUCACUCAUGCAGCCGUAUGCAUGGCCAAGCACAUACAUCACACACACACGUCCCACAGUCUAGCAUAGUGACCUCAGACAUGCCUCUGUGGCCACCCCCCUGAUGGGCUCCCCAUCCCAGCAUGCCCAUCCUGUCCUGACCUGGGGGAGCAGCUCACCUGUCACUUAGAGAAUCUGCUGGAGGCCGUCUGGAGGAGUCAGAUGAACCCUGCUCUCAUUAGUAGCUGUGGGUGACAUUUUCCUCUGUUGUCUUCUUCUUCUUCUUCUUCUUCCCCUUUUCCUUCACCUUUCUCUGUCAGACCUAUUAUGCUGUACCUGAUACCAUGGCCUUUAGAACGGAGCAGGAGGUGGACUCACUACACGCCACUAUUGAAUGUGAACAACCGCAGCCUGACCUCUACAAGUGAGUGUGACACAUGCUCACUGAUGAAUCUCUGCACACAAACUAUCAGCCUCUCAAAGACUGACCCUCCCUCGUUGCCUCCGCCUUCAUAUUUUGCUUUGACAUAUUUGCAGAUUUGUGGGACGCAUCAAUAUUUACAAGGACAAAGAAGAGCCUGUGGCGAGGUGAGUGUGCUUUUAUGAAUCACACAGGUACUUUUUCAUGUUUGGUAUUUCAAGGCCAACUCCAAUCUCUCUCUGUUAGUCAAAUAUCUUGAAUGAGUCGAUCUGUUUUAUUCUUGCAGACCACUCGGGGCUGAAAACUUGCUCCUUAGAGGAGCGACACUGAAGAACACGCAACAUAUUUAUGGUAAAACUAACAAACGAACUUAAAGCUGUGUCUCCUGGAUGUUUUCAUAGCGAAGACAGACGGAUCAGUCAUUGUUGUCUUAUUUUCUCUCCCUUCAGCUGUUGCAGUCUACACUGGUAUGGAGACCAAAAUGGCGUUAAAUUACCAGUCUAAAUCUCAGAAGCGCUCAGCUGUAGAAAAGUAAGAUAACCUUUCGAUGUCUUAAGCUCAGUUUCUCGUCACUUUCCCUGUUUCCUCUUCCUGAUCUCUACUCUGCCUCUUCACAGGUCAAUGAACGCCUUUCUCAUCGUGUAUCUUUGCAUCCUGAUCAGCAAAGCCGUGAUCAACACUGUCCUAAAAUACGCUUGGCAGUGGUCGCCCGACAGAGACGAGCCCUGGUACAACCACAGGACGGAGAACGAGCGGCAGCGUCACGUGGUCAGUUCAUCAACCGUGAACUUCAAAACACAAACCUAACACCUGAACCCUCCCCUAAAACUUCUUUGUGCGCCUCUGAUCCAGGUGAUCCGAGCAUUCACGGACUUCCUGGCCUUCAUGGUCUUAUUUAAUUACAUCAUCCCGGUGUCCAUGUACGUGACGGUGGAGAUGCAGAAAUUCCUCGGCUCAUAUUUCAUCACAUGGGAUGAGGAAAUGUUCGAUGAGGAGCUUGGAGAGGGCGCUCAGGUUAACACCUCUGACCUGAAUGAGGAGCUGGGACAGGUACGGGAUUACACACACACACACUUCCACGCUGCGUUUAAGCCCUUCGCAGAUUUGCCCUCACCUCACUCUUUUCUUUUCUCUCUUUUUCUCGCAGGUGGAGUAUGUGUUCACUGAUAAGACCGGCACUCUGACAGAGAACAACAUGGAGUUUAUUGAGUGCUGUGUCGAUGGGAACGUCUACAUCCCACAUGCCAUCUGCAACGGCCAAAUCCUCAGCGCUGCCUCCAGUAUAGACAUGAUUGAUUCUUCACCUGGAGGAUACAGGAGAGUAAGUGUGUGUGUGUGUGUGUGUGUGUGUGUGUGUCUGUGUGUGUUUGAAAAAGUAAACAGGCUUCUAAAUCCAGCCUGAAUAGACUCUUGGCUGUACUAACUGCUGCAAAUAGAGACAGAGCCAACAAAAAAGAAACUUAUGAACCAUACCUACAGAUUAGCAUGUCACAUUUUCAGACAGGUGGCUUGUUAAAGCAAUUACCUUUGACAUUUCGAUCGCAACAAAUGUCUGUUUUGCCCGUUCUCAAGGCUGAUAAACACAGUCGGGUUACAGCGUGUGGAAGUUAAUGAAAACUUUGACAUUUUCUUUUUAACACUAAAAUGUUUGCAGUUAUUUGAAAUAGGGGAAAAAGUGGUUCCGGUACAAAGAGAAGUGAUGAGCAGCAUAAUUAUGGCAACAUUGCUGGUCAUUAUUUAUAUUUAAUUGAGGCGAAACUGAUGGUACCACAAAUGACCAGUGAGAGAGAACAAGAGGAGCAAUCUUUACCAAACUUGUGAGGAUAACUUUUCUAAAAAGAUUUUUUUUUAAUCAUUAUUUUUUAUUUUUUUUAACACAGGAGAAAUUUUAAGGAAUUAAACAAAAAUAAAUAAAAUAAAAUAAAAUCAUUUUGUAUUGAGUUGAGAUUCUUAGAAGUCUAAUUCAGAAAUAUCAAACAGACUUGAAGCGUCAAACAUGUCCUGAAACGACCCUAAACUACAGAUUUGUUUCAGAAAAACGAACAUUACUCAUGAAAUCUACUGACCUUCCAAAGAUGUAGAUGAAACUGCAAAACGCCAAGGAUGAUUAAGGUGUGUCCUUGUCUCUGCAGGAACAUGAGGAUCUGUUUUUCCGGGCGCUCUGCCUGUGUCACACGGUGCAGGUGAAGGAGGAGGAGACAGUGGAUGGCAUCAAGAGGGGCAUCCACCAGGGCCGGCCCACCUCCUUCUACAUCUCCUCCUCGCCGGAUGAGGUGGCGCUGGUGGAAGGAAUGAAAAGGUAAAACACUGAACCACACAGAGGGUACAGUCUCUGUAUGUUUUAUUGGCUUCACUCUGAAUUUAUGCUAAUAAAUCAAGCCUUUUCCAUCUUUAAUGAAUAUCUUCAGGGAUUACUUUCACUUUAAGAAUAUGUUGUGAGUCCUUUGUUGUAAAUAAGUCUUUGAGGUCUAACACACAAACAAUAAAAAUUUUAAUGUCCUCCCUGCUAAUGUUCUGGCGCUGUGCCAGCCGUUAUGUUGGCAAGGCAGUUUGUUGUUGUGAUGGAGUUCUGCCAAAAUGUGAGCUCUGCAAACAAAGCACUCAAACCAGAGUUAACCAAACCGCCCUGCAACGCCACGAAACAUCACUGCGUCACUGCAACACAGUCAAUCAAAUAUUCACAUUUAUACUUGGACUAGUUGCAAACUUUGACAGAUGACAUGAAAACUUAUUGAGUUUUCACGCAGCAGCCAAUUUGUGGGUGCUGCCAUCUUGUGUAGCUGCCAGGAGUGCUCUGGCAACUGCUGUGUGCUGGCUGUGACAGCAGCAGAGAGAUAGAAGGAUUAAAUAUUCUUGAAGAACUUCUCAGUGAAUCUAUGACCCUGUUCACACCUACCGUUUACACCAGAUCUGGGUGAUCUGACUGCGAGUGACAAGUUUUAACCUCAUAUGUGAACACUCAUAAAUGUGUGCAGAGAUCUGAUCACUGAGUCCGCAUACUGAAGUGGUCCGGGAGGUGUUUGUCCUGGUAGUGUGUACACUCAUGAGUGCUGGUCCACUCUACUGUAUCCACAGCAACAAUCACUUAAAGCCCGGUUUACACUAACAAAGAAAGCGAUUCAAUUAGGGCUGGGUGAUAUGGCCUCAAAUCAAUAUCACCAUAUAUUGAACAGUUCACCUCGAUAACGAUAAAUGGACGAUAACUACUCCACAAGCUGCUCACCUCCCUCCACAUUAACUACUUCAGCCGCCGCUCCAGCUGCUACAUCUUUUGUACCGUCCUCCGUCUCCUCACCUGUCUUUCCCUCUUUGUUAUGGACCGGAUGGGGUGGAGUCAUGUAGGACAGCGUCUUAAAGGGACAUGAGACCAUAGCCCACCUACACACAUCCAAAACCAGCUUUGAUUUAUUUAUUUUUUUGACACUGAAUAUACCGAUAUGGGCAACAUAUUAUCGGUUAUUGUUGUAAAUUUCAGUAUCGGUAAAUUUUUGGUUUAUCGUCCAGCCCUACCUUCAAUAGUGUUCGUUUAGAGACUAGAUUAGAUUAGAUUCAACCUUAUUUCUCUUUUUUAGAAGGUUCCCUCAAGAAGAGUAAAACACCAGUAGCAUAUUUGCAGAAAAGAAAAAAAGAAUGAUCAGAUAUACAAUAUAUAUAAAGAAUAAAGAUAAUACAUCUCCAGUGAGAGAGCAAGACGCAUCACUAGAGACCCAAGGUUAAUGCAGGAUGUCAGUGCUUGUACAUAAGGCUGGUGACUUGGGUCCAGAUCACUGAAAACCAGAUCAGUGUUGAUGCAAAGUCUGAACAGUCUGUGAGCAUAAUGUCCACUCUUAUACAGAGGAUAUCUUCAUGAGGGAAUGACUGGUUGGGCUACAGAGUGUGUGAUGGGAACAGUAGAUGAUAUGAUUAUCCAGAGUUUUUGCGUAAAUAAUAGCUUUUAAAAGUUUUUCAUUGUCUGGAGCAACAUUUGCACUAGGGCUGGGCGAUAUGGCCUCAAAUCAGUAUCAUGAUAUAUUGAAAAAACAACUUUUAUUUAUUUAUUUUUGACACUGAAUAUAUUGACAUGGGCAAAAUGAUGUUGGUUAUUGUCGCAAAUUUUGGUAGCGGUUAAUCUUCGGUUUAUCACACAGGCCUAAUUUGCACCAUAAGACAAACGGAUAAUCAGAAUUUUGUUCUAUAAUAUAAAACCAUGUUAGACUUAUAGUUCAAAUCACCUAUUUACAAGGUGCCACUUUAACAUAUUGCUUUUACAGAUGUGAGACACUGUAAUAAGAGUGUCUGUAUACUGUAUCUGUCAAAAACCUUUAGCCUUUCCAUGUGUGAUGAUAAUACUGUUACACUGACUGGACAUGGGUCCUCUCUGUUGAAUUUAUAUUAAUCCCUUUUAUCUCCUCCCCCUGUCUUGUUGUCAGGCUGGGCUACACUUAUCUGAGGCUGAGAGACAACUACAUGGAGAUCCUCAACAAAGACGAUGAGAUUGAAAGGUUGGUCCGUUGCGGUUACACCACAGGGGAUAAGAUAGGAGUAAUUCAGCUGAUGGAGUUGUGGUCAUACAUCAGCUGCCUGCAGAGAAACCGCACUCAGUUUGUGUUACGUUUUCAGUCCACACACACACACACGCACACACACAAAAACCUACAACCUCAAAAGAGUGGGCAGCGGGUUGUUUUUAGAAAGUGCUCGAUCAGAUCAAAAUGCUCCGACCGAUCUGCGAGAAUGAAAGGCAGCGAGAAUCCAUUAGAGAGCAGGGUUUGUGGAGAGGGUCUAAUGUCUGAUCCGUGGGAAGUGUUCAUAUGACCAGCCUCUCUCUCCAUCACUCUCUGCAGCAGCCUGUCAAUAGUGAGCUAUUUUAGAGAGGCAGGGGAGCAGGCGAGGAGGAGGAGGAGGAGGAGGGAGGAAGGGGGAGGGGUGGAGGUUAUCCAGCAGAUUGGAGGGAAUGGAAAGGCAGAAGGUUGGAGGGUAUUUCCACGCAGUUCGUUUUUAACCAUUGAGAAGGGAUGUGGAUCUUUUGUCCCUUUGCCACUGAAUCUCUGAACACGGGUGUUGUUGUUCACCAUUUAGAGGAGCUGAGGAAUCUUUUUUCAGCAGUUCAAAUGAGAACUGGAGGAGGGUUUUUAGUUUAAAUGUGGAUUUAAUGAAACUCAAAGAGGCACUUUAAGCUGGACCUGUCCUAGAAUUUCAAGUGUACAUCAAGAAACAACAACAUGAAACACAAUUAACCACCAGUGUGGCGGAGAUGCGUAUCCAAGGACCCUCUUUGUUGUGUAAAUAGCAGGUGCCCUUAAAAACUAAAUUAAACCCUGAAGUAUAUUUUCCUCUUCAGGUCAGGGGAACAGAGCUUUCAUAAACAGAAGAUGGGCUCUUAUUAGAAGUGUACAAUAAAAUGAGCUAAAAAGGACUUGUUGAGCGUAGUUUGCACGACUUGAUAGAAAAUAGCAAAGAAGGUGUUUUUUAUUGAAAUAUUUUGUGCAUUCAUUAAAAUUCAAACAUCGAUAGUUUAAAAAACUUGCUAUUAGAGGUUUUAAAGGGCUUGCUCCCUUCACCAUUACAUGAAUAACAUUGUACAGAAAAUACAUAAUAUGGAUCUAUAACAUAACAUAACAUAACAUAACAUAACACAAUAACAUAAAACAUCUAUAACACAAUAUGUCAUUUUUUUAAGCCAAAGAGUUUGUAGAUUUGUUUUGUUUGCGCUCUUUAGAAGAGUCCUGUUAAUGACAAGUUUGUUAUCUCUUUGUGAAAGUACCUUUUUUAAGUCAACAGAUGAAGUUCAGCAUCAAAAAUUACACAGAAAGCACAAAGACCUCCUUCACACCAAUCCUUUCUGUGUCUCAGGUUCGAGCUGCUCCAUGUCCUGAACUUCGACUCCGUCAGAAGGAGGAUGAGCGUCAUCGUCAAGUCAAGCUCAGGUGAGAUGACGCUCACGCACAGAGGCCACAGCAGGCGUCAGUGACAGGUUGAAGAUUUGAUUUAUGAGUGUUCGCCGGUUAAUUAAUUUGUUUGCGAUAUUUCAGGAGAAUACCUGCUGUUCUGUAAAGGAGCAGACUCCUCCAUUUUUCCUCGGGUGGUGUCGGGGAAGGUGGAGCAGGUGAAAGCCCGGGUGGAGCAGAAUGCUGUGGUAAGUGCACAGUCUGACUGUUACGUGCAUUGUUUAGACUUUGAGGUUUUAUGACACUUUUUAGGUGUUUUUGUAAAAUAUCUUUAUUCUCUUAAGCUUUUAAAAGAAAUUGAAAAUAGGAAAGAAUAAACGGAACUGACCACAAGGACUGAAACGCUCCAGAAAAGAUUUGAUUUGUUGAAAAUCUGACAGCAUAAAAAGUUUAGUUACAAGUAUUGUUUGAUGAAAUUUUAAGUAUCAGCUGCUCUUAACGACAAAUCUCAAUCUUGAUUUUUGCAAAAGAGGAUCACUUUGACCACACUGCAAUGCUCCUUAGCUCUUUGUAGUAUUUUAGUUUCUUUUAGAUGCUUGUUUUGGUUGUUUUAACUGAUAAGGAAUUAUCUCUCUGGUUUGGCUCAGCAUGUCAUAAUAAACAGACAUACUAUAGUUCGUGACCUAAGCUGCAGGAUACAGAAUAGAUGCUGAGAUUUCUGUACAUCUGUUACUUGAGUGUUGGCUCUUACAUGAGCGUCAAAAUCUUUACAAGGUGAUCAUUUGUCAGUUUUGUGCUUACAGUUUGUUUAAAUGCUCUAAUAUUGCCAAAAAAUGAAUUCUCAGAAGUACCAGUUUUUCCCUUUAAACCGUAAUGGUUAAACUGAAUCAUCUUGCAUUAGUUCACAUGAUGUGUGGCAGCUGCAUAUCAAAGUUACACUCUCUCUUCUUCACUGUGUCACAGGAGGGGCUGAGGACUCUGUGUGUCGCGUAUCGACGGCUGUCAGAGACCGAAUACGAGGAGGUUUGUCAUCACCUGAACGAAGCCAAGCUGGCCCUGCAGGACAGGGAGCAGAGGCUGGCACAGGCCUAUGACAUCAUCGAGAGGGACUUUGUGCUUUUGGGCGCUACGGCAGUGGAGGACAGGUUGGUGGCCGUGCGGAGAAAGAGGGGGGAGCAAAGGGGGGAGGGAAAGAUUUAAAAACAGAGCAGCAGCAGCAGCAGGGGAGACGAGGGAAGAUUAAUGAGUCAUGAAGUCGCCUUCAAAGUCCCAUAAUGACUCAUGAGGGCAGAAAAGAUUUAGUCUGAGCCCUAAUAGGUGACUUUCUUCUUCUACUGCUGCGCUAUUUUGUUUCCUCUCCUGCAGUUUAUUCUCCGCUCUGUUAAUUUAUUCACUGUUUUCAUGCUGCAACAAGGUAGAUUUCAGUAUUGAUCUGUAAAGGUAGUUUUCCCUUACUGAUCGAUCCGCCGCCUGACAGUUUGCCUUUCAAGUAGAUAAACUGGUGAUAGGCAGGGACCAGGGUGGUCAAGCAUUGAUAACUUAUCACCCGUUGGUAAUUGAUCAGUUGAAGUUUUGACAGAUGCUUUUACGGUACCCAGCGGAGGCUGAAACACUUAUUGACUUAUCGACACGCAGGCUCCAGGAGAAAGCUGCAGACACCAUCGAGUCGCUGCACAAGGCGGGGAUGAAAGUUUGGGUCCUGACGGGGGACAAGAUGGAGACGGCGGCUGCGACCUGUUAUGCCAGCAAGCUGUUUCGCCGAAGCACCCAGAUCCUAGAGCUGACCAAGAAACGCACAGAGGAGCAGAGUCUGCACGACGUUCUGUUUGAGCUGAACAGGACUGUUCUCAGACAACGCUCGAUUUCAGGGUACGAGUAGGAAAACAGAUUUAUCUGCUUAUUCUUUUCCAAGUUAAGUACAUCAAGAAAUAGUGGGGGGGGGGGACUCCAAAAUAUUUGAUAUUGUUAAAGAAAAAGCUGCAAAAAGAACAAUAUAAGCUUUAUUUUCUUUUCAAAAUUACUUAAAACCUCCUUUGACAGUUUGCCAAAAUUGCUGGCAAUUGACUGAUCUCUAAUCCAGAUACUGGCCGCAGCUCUACAGUGUGAAUCUGCCCGCUAAAUAACUUGGAUCCACAUAUCAAUAACUUCUAAUUACAUUUGCACCUCACAUCUAAUUAAAACUGGGAAUCUCAUGCCUGUGGUCCUCUGUAAUGGGUUGUGUAAAAUCUCCGUCCUGAUUGGUCCGUGAUACUCUUUUCCAGGUUGUCGGUAGACUGCCUUGAUUUCGGUCUGAUCAUCGACGGGGCCACUCUGUCAGCAGUCCUGAAGCCCAACCAGGAGGGAGCCGGGCCGGGAAACUACAGAGAGAUUUUUCUAGAGAUCUGUCGCAACUGUAGCGCCGUGCUCUGCUGUCGCAUGGCACCGCUGCAGAAAGCACAGGUGAGAGAAGUGCAUCUAAUUUUACAGAUUUCACUCCAGGCACAAUCCUGAGUGACAUCAGUGGUGGUGACUGUAACGGGGGUUUUGUUUCUGCAGAUUGUGAAGCUAAUUAAAGCCUCCAAGGAGCACCCCAUAACCCUUGCCAUCGGUGAUGGCGCCAACGAUGUCAGCAUGAUCUUGGAAGCACAUGUGGGGAUUGGUGAGCUCAUUUUAACACCAUAAUUAGGGACUUUGACGAAUCAUCCCUAAAUAUAAAGAAGACUGAAUGUUUAACACCUUGACUGAUGCUGACAUUUCAAAGUAAAACAAAUCUGAUGAGGUGAAUCAGUGUUUUUAUAUAAACUAAAAGGCUUCAUAUACAUAAAUCACCAUUUUUGGCAAGAUUCUCUUAAUUUUCUAAAAAUACGCGCCAAGUAACAAUUUUGAACACUUUUCAGAAAAGUUUUAAUAGAUUUCUCAAAAAGUGUUUAACUAUGGUAAAUAAAUAGCCUGUAAAUAAUAAUAAUAGCUUUAUUUUUAUAGUACUUUUAAAAACAGAAGUUUACAAAAUGCUUUGACAAAAAGUCAUACAGUACAGAGAAUCAGCACAUGGACAUAAAAACAAAUAAACACAAAAGCUCAGUUAGAACAAGGCCUCUGAUCUGACAGCCAGUUUUAUUUGUCAUGAGGAACCCAGACAAUACAAGAACCCAUCAACAUAAAAUGAGACCAUGAGGUACAAAAUAAAAACAUAAAAUAUGUGAGAAGAAGAAAUGUAACUAGAAAAUGCAAUUUCUGAAGAAAUUGCGAGUGGGAUUGCUUCAGUUGAAAUUGCUAUCGCUAAGCUGCUAUUGCGAAUGGCUGAAUUUUAAAAAUUAGUGAAAGGUCAAAAGGUAUGAAGUAUCAGGAAGAUUUGAAUCAGUUUGAAUAAACUCUGUUGAAUGAAUUGAAUAAUGCAUGAAUAAUAAUUUUAAAAAUUCAACAUGUGAAAAUUAAAAUGAUUAAAAACCCUGAAGUAUGGGAAAGGCUUGAAGAAUCAAUAAGGUUUGAAUCAGUUCAAAUGAGUUGAAAUUUGCUUGAAAGAACUGAAUAAUGCAUGAAGAGUAAAAAAUAUUUAAAACUGGAAAAUUAAAAGGUUACAAAUCUAGAAGAAAAAGAGGUUUGAAGAAUCAAAACGGUUUAAAUCAGUUUGAAGAACUAAAUUAUGCAUUUUCAAUGAAUGAUUGAAAAAUGGGGACAAUGUAAAUGAAUAAAAAUCCUGAUUAGACCCCAUAAGGUUUUAAAUGUUACCCUCAGAACUCUGUGUACUGAGCCUGGCUUCAUGUGUCUCAUAUGGCUGUUAGAAGCAGCUUUCCAGCCAGCUGUGUGUCUCCAGGUGCUGCCUUUGGUUGCCAUGGUGAUGAUAGAUGCUUAACAACAGCAGGAGAAAGGAGGCUUGAGGCUGAGAACGUAAUGCCCAAACAACGUCAUAUUUCUCAUCCUCUGUAACUGCUAUCUCCAUGAUAAGGAGCUUGUGGGAACCACAAGACCCGGCUGAACACGUUGAUACAACUUCUGUGUCUGUGGAGCCAAAAAUGCCUUCACUACGACGAGUUAAAAACAUGUCCAGUUUGUGUUUCCUCUGAAAAUCCUCCUCUCAGGUUUAUAUUGGAGUCAAUGGAGAAGGCUGGAGAAAUCUGGGGGAUGUCUGCGGCAGUUGGUGUCUGCCCAGGCCACUGUGUGUGUCCUAUGGCUUUGAUUUUUGAGAUGAAGAGUGACAGCAAGUUUUGCCAUCACUGUACCAAUUUUUAUCUGUGUAGAGCGAAGUGAGUUGCCACAAUCCUUUUGUAAAGACAAAGUUUUGAGGAUCAAUUUUCAGCCCCUCUCACUCUAGCUGUGAGGUCACCCACUCUAGCGGCCAACAUUCCGUGCAAUACACACUAAUGUUAAAACCUGAACAGGUCUGAAAAUCUUUGGACUUUUUGAACUGUCACUGUGAGAAAAGUAUGAAUGCCAUGAAGAUGGUGAAUGAAUGAGUGAAUGUCUAAAGAUGUGUGAAUAUUUAAAAGUUUGAAUGAAGUUUCUAGGUGAAAGUGUGAAUGAAUGAGAAGAGGUUGAAGUUGACUACGUCUGAAGCCCUUUUCCCAUUGACUGCCAUUAUAACGAAGUUUUAAACAAAUCUUAAUAUUUUGAAAAGUACAAAUGGGAGUAAAAAUGUUGAAGAUGUGGAAUAAUGCUGACGAAUUUGUGAAUAUUUUGGUUUUUGAAUGAAGUUUCUACGUGGAAGUAUAGCGGAGUUGAAGGCUUUUGAAGUUUGAAGCCAAUUUGAACAUUCCGUAAUGCAUUUCUAAUGGGAGAAAUCGGUCGGAAAACCUGGAAUAUCUCGGAAAGUGUGAAUGUUAGGAAAAUUUUGAAUACACCCCUGAAUGUCCUCAAUGAGAUGAAUCUUUUGAAGUUUGAAUGGUUUGAAUACGUUGAAGUAUGUGGAAGUAGUUAGGGCACAAAAAACGGUGGAAUAAGAAGAAGAAACGGAAUAAUAAUAAAGAUAGGUAAGAAAAGGAAAUGUAAUAAAAAAGGGGGGUUGAAAGCAGAAAACAGGAUAGUAAACAUGAAAAGACGAUAUUGAUAAUGAUGAUAAAAUAAUAACAAAAUAAUAAUGGUAAGAUAAAGUAGAAUUAAUGUUAGAUAUAUAAUAUGUUAGAUACUCUAUAUACUCAGCAUAGAUGUUAAACAGCAUUUAUUCCUACAAUCCAAUAUUUGCUCACCUGUAUCAUUAAAACAUGAGCAAGUCUUUACUUGUCAUUUAUAUGUUGAGUUCAGUGAAAGCUACUUUUUCAUGUUACAUUUCGGCCCUUUAACAUUUAUGACUUUAACAGCCUCUUUCUCUCCCUGAAGGCAUCAUGGGUAAAGAAGGCCGACAGGCAGCAAGAAACAGCGACUACGCCAUCCCAAAGUUCAAACACCUGAAGAAGAUGCUCCUCGUUCAUGGCCACUACUACUACAUCCGAAUAGCUGAACUUGUUCAGUACUUUUUCUACAAGGUAAAAGACGAAUGCCUUCCUCUGUCCGCCACCGUCUCACUUAUUUUAAUCACUUUAUCGUAAUUCCCAGUGAGACACUGAGUUACAAAGAACCAGAUUUUGCAGCGACUCUGACAGAUUACCGGAUUCAUGAAUCCCCGGUGUAACAUUCUCUCCUGGAUUCAUAGCUACGACGAUCAGUGUGGGCGGCUUCUACAGCAAGCAGUGCACUGCCAACUGAUUCAUUAUUUCUUUUUGGCAGGCCAGCUCUUUACAGCCCACUCAGUCAGCUUAUAGCACCCAAGCUCUGCGUAAACAGGAAUGUGUAGAUAGUAGCAUUUUUAGAUUCUCCAAAUCUCUUUGCGUGUACUUGUCACAAGCUCAUCACUUUCUCUGUUUGUUUGUUUUCUUCUUUUAAAUCUUUCCAGAAUGUAUGCUUCAUCUUCCCUCAGUUCCUCUACCAGUUCUUCUGUGGGUUCUCCCAGCAGGUCAGUCUUAUUUACUUGAGGAGCUUCAUUCAUCAGUCAGUGCAUUUCAGUAUUUUCGGUAAAAGACCUUCUUUGGUUUUCAUGUCAUCAACAGAUACUGAUUUUUUUUAAUCAGUGAGUUGUCUGAUUUGUUCGUGCAACUCGAAAAUGUUGUUCCUAAUCGUUAACAUUCAAGCUGAAACAAAAAAACUACAUGAAACCACAGUCAUGCUAUCUGCUCAGCAACAAACUUCAAACAGACAAGGCUAAUGUCUGUCUGAGCUUUUAGCAGGUGAAAUGUAAGAUUAUAUAUUUAUAUUUGGACAAAGUGGUGCAGACCAAAGCAGAGCCAAAAUACAGAAUUGAAGUUGUUUCUAAUUUUAAUGUUUGCCGUGUUUGACUGUCUGAAAUGCUUUUGUCCCUCUGCAGCCUCUGUACGACACCGCCUAUUUGACGUUGUACAACAUCAGCUUCACCUCACUCCCCAUCCUCCUCUACAGCCUAGUUGAGCAGCACGUCACCAUGGAAACACUAAAGCGGGAGCCCUCUUUGUACAGGUGAGAAAAAAAACUCUUACAACUUUUCGUGAGCUUUUAUGAUACGACUGCAUGAUUUUUUUUAUUGUUGCUUAUCUGACCUGUCUUUCCUUAAAGGGACAUUGCAAAGAACUCCCUCCUCCGCUGGCCUGUCUUCCUCUACUGGACGUGCCUGGGUGUGUUUGACGCUGUAAUCUUCUUCUUUGGUGCCUACUUUCUGUUUGACAACACCACCUUCACCAGCAACGGCCAGGUGAGCUCCUGUUUCAACACUUCAUCUAAAAAAAGAAACAGUAAUCAGCACUUUGUGGGGUGUUGUACGUGUCUGGUAGAGAAAUCACAAGAAGAUAACUGUUCAAGUUUGCAUCUUCUGUAAAAACACGCAUCCAUCUCCAUUGGAUUCUCAUGAAAGAGGAGUUAAGUGUUACCUUUGUGGUCAUGUUUUUGUCAUUAUCGAUCUGUAACAGUAAGGUUUUUGUCCCAGGCCCCUCAUAGGUCAGCAACAUUGGAUCUCCAUCCAUAUCGACAACGCAAUAGCAUCUUUCUCUGUAUCGUUAAUUUGUAUCAUGUCAACUGUUUUUGAUUGCCUUUGGUCUUGUUUUUUAAGUUAAACAUCUUGAUAUUCAUUUUACCCUUUGUCCUGAUUCUUUUCUCUUCUUCUUCCCCUCCUUCUCUCUGCUUCCUUUUAUUUAUUUUGCUUCUUUUUCUCUCUCUUUCUCCUCUUCUUCGUCCUCAGCUUAUGACCACCAACACACAGAUGGUAAGCCUGUCUCCCUCCCUGUCAGCUCUCUCUGUCUUUCACGCUUUUUUUAGUUCCUGUCGUACCGUUUAAGCUUUCAGUUUGACCGUCUCAUCCAGUUUCAUCCCUUCUCACUUCGCAUCAUUCAUGCACUUUCAUUUGAAUGUGUAGUUUCUUAGUGCUCCAUUAUUCCCCCUAAGCUCUGUAAAGCUCUGAAUCUUGCACAGUACCUGAUCCUAACAGCUCCACUGACAUGGUAGAAACCUUAGAUGCUCCCCCACAUUCUCCUGUGUGUUUGCUGUGGUAGUGAGUAGUUUAAUGCUAGUAUGUGCAGUAGAUUAAGAUCCAACAUCUGUUUGUUGUUCUGUCUAAUGUCUCUGUGCAUUUGUGUGUAUUUGUACGUCCAUGUUUAUGUGCCAGCAGUUCUUUGGGGCCAUUUUUAUUUUACUGUUUUAGCCUCUGAGGGGCUACUUGAGUUUUUCUCACUCUGUAGUCGUUUAAGCAAAUUCACAGAAGGCUUGUGCACCUUUUGCAUUCACGAAAUCAAAUGAGACAAAAAGGAAGGUCCUGGUAGGGCUGAGCGAUAAACCGAAAACUUAUAGAUACCGAAAUUUACUACAAUAACUGAUAUCCUUUUGCCCAUCUCGAUAUAUUCUGUCAAUAAAUAAAUAAAUAAAAGUUGGUUUUGGAUGUGUGUAGGUAGGUUAUGGUCUCAUGUCCCUUUAAGACGCCGUCCUACGUCAGAGACAUGAUUCCACCCCAACCAGUCCAUAAGAAAGAGGGAGAGACAGGUGAGGAGAUGGAGGAUGGUUCAAAAGUUGUAGUGGCUGGAGUGGCGGCUGAAGUAGACGAAGCAGCUAUCAUUAUUGAAGUGAACUGCUAAAUAUAUCAUGAUAUUGAUAUGAGGCCAUAUCGCCCAGCCCUAGAUCCUGGUUCUUAAAACAUCCCAAAGUGGUGAGAUGCAAUCUAAACUGCACUGCGGCAGCUUUGUGGCGCUUUGGUGACAUUCCUGUAUCGACCCAAAUACAGGACGGGGUCUUUUACCUUGAAUUACCUCUAAAAAGUGAGAUCCUCCCAUUCUACUCUGGGCGUGGUAAUUAAAAGCUGAUUUUCAUUAACAACAGUAGACAGUGUCCCUUAGCUGCAAAGUGAGUGUUCCUUUAACGAUAGAGGCCAGCUGUCACUCAGCGGUACAGAUGGAGGGACGCGGUGAUCACCUGGAACAAAGUGGCUCAAAAGAAGGCCAAACAAAGAGGACGGUUAUCAGUGCUGGAGAGUCAGCCAAGAAAUGUGGUGUCACAGAGUUUAAUGUCCAGAGAUGGUGGACACAAAAAGAUUGUCUUAGAAUAUAUGUAUGAAUAUGUUACAGGAAAACAAAGGAGCAGAUGUUACAUAGUUUAAAACCAAUACAAAAGUCCUGUUGAAUAUAAUCCAGAUCUAAUUCACAAACAACCACAAAGAAUCAGAUUGAAAGUAUGAGUCUCUUUUUAUGACAAUCCAAUCUACAUGUGGCUUAAGACAUUCAAAUCUCUGUAAUCUCCUUGCUUGUAAAUAAUAUUUGAUAUUAUCUCAUUAUAAUGAUCAGGUUUAUACUGGUCUGGGGUUAAAACCAUGGCACAAAGGGACCCUCGUUUUGUUUUAUUCUGCAAAGCAUCAUCGGAGAGAUAAAGAUGUGUCACCAUCAAAAGGUAUAGACAAAACUAGCGUAAUUUUACAAGUUCUGUCUUCGCUAUAACCUUAAAAAAAAGAGAGCGUCUCCCUCCUCUCAUCAUCUAUUCUAGUACCAUAAAAUUCAACUCUGGGGCACAAGUUUUGCCAGUUGUUCAAGUUACCUCAUGCCAGUCCUUAACUGUUGGGUUCAAAUCCAACCUGCCAUCCUCUGCCUCUUGUUACUGUCCUGUUCUCUAAGUAAAGGCGUAACCUCCCUGGAAAUAAAGGACAAUUACACCCUGUAGGUAUGCAAGCUCAGCUCUUGCUGCAACAAAAAAAAAUUGUGUAAACUUUAUUAGCAUUACUGGACUGGAAUACAAGUUGGCCCUUCAUGCUUUGUUGAUCAGAUCAUAAGAAGAGGCAGAAACUGUGCAAGCACUGCACGGUUUAUUUGAGGCCACAAUCCAGUCUUUGUGAAUUCGUCUUCCUGUCUUCUGAUAUAACACGAUCAAACAAAAACCAGGAUAGGACACUUCCUGUUUUGCUUAAUAGAUAAAGGAAGUGAAUCAAAAAUAGAUGCACUGGUACCUAAAACCAGCUGUGGUUAUUACAUAAAUUCCACAAUUUCUUCAUCUUGAUCAGUUUCCCCCACUUCCCUGCUCCCUCUUUCAUCAUAUCCCUCCCAGCCCUUACCCCAUCUGUUCUCUCCUGAUGUCUGCUUAAACCUUUCUAGGAUUACAGGAGGUAGAAACAUUGGAUUGUUUAUUGUACGUUGCCCCAAAGCUUUAAAAAAAAAAAAGUCCUAGAAAAUACUCGUCCCAUCUCAGACCUGAUUCUGGGGGCGUUUGUUCCCUCCUUUUUUGUGCUCGUGUGGCACAGGGGCGUGUGGAGCUGAGUGAUUGAUGCAGCCACUAACCUAAUCCCUGUCUGUCUCUCUUCUCUCACAGAUGUUUGGGAACUGGACCUUCGGGACUCUGGUCUUCACUGUGCUGGUGUUCACCGUCACGCUGAAGGUGCGUGGGCUCAUGUCACUCAGGCCUGUUGUGUUGCAUAAUCUCUCCAGUUGGACCAGUUCAUGUCCGCUGCACGUGCGCCCAAUUGUAAGCGUGGAUGAGCUGCGGGCGCACAGUGUUAACUAGCAUGUUACAUAAACGUAUCGACUACACAGGCCGUCCAGUUUGCACAUCAGUAAAUCCUGAAGGCAAAGUCAUUGACUACAUUGACUGGUUGAGUGUUUACUCGGUACAUAUUUGUGUUUGUUUCCAGCUCGCCUUGGACACACACCACUGGACCUGGAUCAAUCACUUUGUCAUCUGGGGGUCGUUACUUUUCUACGUUAUUUUUUCUCUUCUCUGGGGAGGCAUCAUUUGGUAGAGUAUAAUUAGUUUUUUAUGCAUUCGAAACCUUCACUUUAAGGGGGCCAUUUCUGGAAAAAUUAACCUUUUCUUUAUGCGUUUCCCAGGCCCUUCCUGAACUAUCAGAGGAUGUACUACGUGUUCAUGCAGAUGCUGUCCAGUGGUCCGGCCUGGCUCAGCAUCAUCCUGCUCAUUACGGUCAGCUUGCUGCCAGAUGUCAUUAAGAAGGUCCUCUGCAGGGCUGUUUGUCCCUCAGCCACUGAACGUGCACAGGUGAGACCCUGGCCCCAAGCUCUCAGAGAAGCCAAGGCUUUAGACUGUCAGCAAAAUAGAUACGGACAAGCGCACCUUCUGCAAAUAAAUUGAGUUUGUUUGGGAUCCAAAGAGACAGACUAAUGACAAGAAAACUUCAAGAGCUUGUUUUUAAUCUGCUGCCAUUAUAAAGUCAUUAGGAAGGACAGAAAUGUUUUCUUGUGAUUUUUAUCUCUUAAAUUAUUUUACUUUUAGGGCUUGUUUUUUCUGAAGUCAUUUUUGAUGGCUUUAACAGAACGCUUUGCUAAAAACAUUAACCAAAGACUAAUAAUGCAUCUCAAUGUUUAUGAAAAUAGAGUUUUUAUCUUUCACAGUACAGUGCCUCUCAGCUCUCACGCUGAAACGACUCGAUUGAGUUAGAGUUUUCUCAAAUCCUUGUUGAUGCUUAAACUGCCAAUCUAUUCCCCUCUGUUAACCAACCAGGGAGACCAUUAGGAUCCCUAAUAGCUUUGAGCAACAGUGUGAUUUCAAAUGACUUCCUGUUCCCCACGGCUUAAGCCUCACUUACCUGCAAAGCAAACGUCUCCACAAAUGGAAAAAUUGAAGUGAAGCUCUGACAGUUCUCUUCUUGCUGUGCUCUCUCUUUUCUUUUCCCCCUCUCACUGCACCCUAAUGGACCACCGUAAUCCCAAUUCACACCACUGUUUCCCUCUCUUUCCCUCCUUUUCUCCUCUAUCACCUGCUUUUCUUCACUCUUUUUUCCUCCUACCUUUUCUUUAACUUUUUCUGUUUCCUCUCUUCUCUUGUCCCCCCCUCUGCUCCUGUGUGCCUGUCACUCUGCCCACCUGCACUUGCUUGUCUUUCGGGAUAACUGCAGUCCUCUCGCCCGUGCCUUACUGUGGAGCCGUCCACCAUCUUCAUGCUUUCUCAGUCCUCCAGCAGAAUGAGUUUCUGAUUGGCCCAGAGAGACGAGAGAGGAGCAGGAAGAGGAGGUGACUCUCUUUUUAAGCUCUCGUCUCUGUAUGCAUGGUGGCAUGUCCCAGUGUAAACUACUCACCACACAUUGACUAAUGUGAAACUAACAAACAGCUCGCUAUUAAUAACAUCAGUACGCAGUGUUUGGUUUAAAUUGUCAGAUUUAUAUUUCAUCUUCCAAAACCAUUUCUCUGCAUCUGUUUGGUGAACCUUCAUAUAUUUUCCUCAGUAUCGUAUAUUUGCUGUCAAUGAAGUGGAAAUGCAGGCAUUAAACCAUGUUUUUAUCACGCCAUUCAUCUCAUCACCUUGUUAAAUUUGUCAGAAACACUUUAGGCAAAGUGUCUGAUUUAAAGAAUGAAGAUUCAAUUGAAGGGUUUUUUUAUAACUGCGUUAUAGUUUUCUACUUAAAAUAUUUGAUAUUUGAAUUUCAUAUUCUCUGUACUUUGGCUGACAAAGAGGAUGUUUGAACUGUGACUAAAAAUGUCACAUUUUUAUCACAGUUUUUAACACACAGAAUCACACAUAAGUUAUAAAGUGAACUAGGGCUGGGCGAUUCGGGAAAAAGUUUAUGACGAUAUACUUUUGUCAUAUCAGUCGAUACCGAUAUAUAUCUCAAUAUAAAAAAUGAAAUGUAACAGUGCUUAUUGGUAGCAUGUUUUUUGCAAUACAAUAAGCUAAUGCAUCUGUGAGGUCUUUGUGUCUCUUCAACGUUUUGUUGUAAGGCGUUGCGCUAAAGAAAGCAGACUGAAUGGUCGGCUGUUUCGGCUGCAAAGGCGCCAUGGGCUCCUUGCUUCGCUUGGGGUUCGUAAGCUCUUGCAUUGCGCCUGCUCUGCUGUGUGUCACUGCUUCAGGUGGUGAAAAAGAUUUGAGGUAUUCUCCGACUUAACAAGAACACGUACUCAACAGAAUUUGCAGUGCACAUUACUCUGCGUCAUGUCCAACCUCAAAAAACCUCCACACCACCGAUGUUUUCGUGCCAGUGUUGUCAACGAUGUCAUCAUCUGUUGAGCCUUCAUCUGCAUUUCUGCCGGUGGUAGCACUCAUUUUCUUUUUUUCUCACCAACAGUAGUGUUGGCUUCACCUGUUACAGUGCAAUGGUUGCGUGUAGCUACAGUCUGCUACUACAUAGUUGUUUGCUAAUUGGUUCUAAUUCAGCACGAUAAGUUCUGCAUGAAGCGGACCCGGAGCAACUCCCCUUUUAAAUUGGCUAUUCCAAUGGUCUACCAAAACAUGGUAGUUUGCCAACUAUCAAAAAGCAUAUUGACCAUGUUUUAUAUUGAUAUUGAUAUUGAGGGAAAUUAAUUUUCGAUAUGUAUCGAUAUCAUUUUAUCGCCCAGCCCUAAAGUGAACUUUUGAGCUACAUUCAGGUUUGUGACCCACCAUCAGACCUGUUAGAUCAACACUAUCAAUUUAUUCGAUACACUACAAAAUAUUAAAAGAUUUUUUUUAUAUAUAUAUUGUAAGUUUUAAGUUUUGAUCUUUUGACAUGGACUAAAAACUGCAAAAUAGCCCUUUCAAGUGUGCUUACCAAACAAACUGUAAAGUCAGUUUAUCAGAAAAAUGACAAACGAUUUAAACAGACUCCUUUUUUUAACCAUCACCCGCAGAGGGUGAGGACAGCAGGAGCCCUUGAGGUCUGUGUGGCCCCCGGCUCUGCUGCUGGUGGAGGGGGAGACAAUGAGAGGGAUCGGCUCCACACUGAUAGGACCUGUGAGGGAGAGAGUGGAGACAAAGCUGCUAAGACCUAUGACUCCAUGAUGUCAAACAGCCACAGCACCCAACCCAGCAAACCCUAGAGUACAACCCCACCCCUCCCUAGUUGGGCUAGGGUCACCAUGGUAACAGCACACAGAGGGCGUUGUCAGAGGGGGUCAGGUUGUUAAUGCCACUGCCGUGACGCUUCCUGCUGCUCGGCUCUGCAUGGAGCAUGCUGUCGCGCUCAGGCUCAGGCUGGGGGAGGUUAUAAACUCUGCCCACAUGAAAAUUUUACCUCCAUCAAACCUACUUUCAGGAAUCACCAUCUCCAAUUAAUUCUGCUGUGCUGCAUCCAAAGCAUGCUGGGCUUCUGACUGCAUGUGGGAUUGGGAAUUAACUUGAUCUGGGUGGAAGCCGAAUGAGAUAUUUUAUCCCCUGUUUAUCAAACCCGGGCUACUUAAAAUCCGCUGCCACAUGUCAAGUAGUAGUAGGCCUGCUGUGAUGUCUUUUUGGUCCUGGAUUGGAGAUGAAGAUGAUGGUUCUGCGGAGGAGGAGAAGGAGGAGGUUUAGUUGUGACGUGAAGUGGUUCGGAUUUGAAGUCAUUCCAGCUGUCAUACAAGAAUACACAUUCACUGUAUGCGCUUGUAUAAAGAAACACAGCAGUGCUAAAAUUUGACAUAGAUAGCGACACUUUUUAAAAAAAAAAUGCUUUUGUUGCUAUUAAUUUUUUUAUGAAACAAAAAGGUGAUAAUUUAAUGUCGUUUAUUCUACCUAAACAGAGCAAAAAGAGGAAAGAAUAGUUGAUUUUUCUAAAUUAAAUGAUCGAGGAGAGCUAGAAACGGUCUGGAGGAGCUGCCCCAAAGCCCAGUUUGAUAUCUUCCCCUGUUGAUGGCUGUUGUGUAUCUUACUUCUUAAUUGUCUUACUUUGACCUUUCUGCCCAGGAAAUUAGUUUGAUAGCUAACUCCGGAUCAGCAGCACCCAUUAAAUAAAGUGAAAAACUAAACUUCAUUAUGCCAGUUGUUUUUACUGGCAUUUUUUUAAACAGGAUUUUGCUACAAAAAGACAAACAUAGAAGGUUUUAGAUCAAACGGCUCAUUUAUCGAUGCAGUUUUAAUACAGCUGAUUAAAGAUUUUAUUGCCGCAGAGUUAUUUUGUUCUCUUCGGCUGUUCUUUGCUUUUUGCACGCCUGGUUAAGUACAGUCAAUAGUGGGUUUGCAAAUGCACCACUGAUGUCUCUGACUAAACUGAUCUGGAAAAAUCCAUGCUGUGCAGGCAGGAUUGCAAACCCAGUGUCAUCUUGUAGCUGCAAUACUGAUGACACCUGGUGUUGGAGGAUGGAACAACAAGUGUGAAAUCGCGUUAUUAAUUUCCUGAGCAUGCUCAAACUAACAUCAUACGGGGGAUUUUCAGAGGGUUUCUCUUUCAUGUCAUUAAAUCCUGUUCACUCUUCACAUCUCAUGGAUUCUUUUGUCCAGUUUGUGCAUUUUUUUAAACUGGACUCUUAGAUUUUAAAGCAAAUCCAUCAAACCUUCUGAAUGUAACCCUGCUUUUGGAUCUCAUGCAUCAUGCUAUCUCACAUCUGACCUCAUUCACACGUUCUGUUGUUUGAGCUGCGUGCUUCAACUCUUGAUUUUUCUCCAAACUCUGUUUCUUUCCUUGAAUCUUCUUCUGAUCGUCCGUAUCUCUGCAGGAUCAGGAGAAGCUGUCGCGGGGUGGCGUGGCCGAGCUGACUCCACUGUCCUCUCACCGGUCCUGCAAAGGCACGAGCCCAGACUCCUCCCACCUCCACCUCAGCGCUGUGGAGAUGCUGUCCCUCCGCAGGUCUGACCCCCUUCCCCAGAAACUACUGGCCCACUUGGCAGAAGGGGGAGGGCCGGAUUUGUGCACUCUCAGCCCGUACAUGGUCCGUCUGUCGGGGGCAGGAUUCGCUUACUAUGCUCCAGGGCCUGAAACCUCCGUGUGAAGAACACAGACCCUGAAACUUUGUGUGUGGUGGGCUGACACUAAGAGCAAACAGCAUCUGCAUCUCAAGGAUCAAGAUGUUUAUAGAGUCAAAUACAAACAGCAUCAUCACCAUGUGCAUUUUCUGGCCCACGCCCAUGUGGAAACCCUUUAGAUAUUAUAGCACUGACACCUCAUCUUCACACCUUUCUGUUUCAGUAUGGUCCUCGUCUUAGUCUCAUGAAGUUCCUACCCAAACUCUUACUUGAAAAAGUCUAAGAACGAAAGGGGAACCAUGUGCGACGGUGCAUUCUCCUAUGCGCUGUGGAACUGUCCAGUCUCAGCAUGUCAACAGUCGAACCUUUUUGUACUCCUCGUCCUGAUUUUCCGUCUCACAUUCUUGCCUGUUCCUCCACCGUUUUUUGGACCCCUUUUUUUUUCGUUGCUUCGUUGUAAAAAUGUUUGUCAAAAGAACAUUUAUGUACAGUUUGUGGUCUGGCCAAGUAAAGGGCAGCCGUCGAAGCUCAGCCCUUUAGGUGCGCGUGCGUGUGCAUGAGCGCGAGUGUAUGCAUGAUAUUUGCCUGUUUCUGUACGUUUGUAUGUGACACAACUUUGCCUUACAGGUAACCACACAGCAGCAGGCUAGGAGCCAAAGGAGAAAGGUGUUUGAAAGGGAAGGUUUAGUGGUGUAUUACAAAGCCUUACACUCACACACACACACACACACACCUGUCAGCUGAAGGGGGGAAAUGUGGAAAAUCUGAAGAGGGAUGUGCAGUAUUCUAGCCGCCCUGCCUUAAUUCAUAAAUGCUCAUUUUUAGUGCGAGGAAAGAGAGUUUCAGAGGGCAUACAUGUCUGGUACAGUGUGUCUAUUCUUCUUCUUUUCUCCUCAUGAUUGUGUCGACGUCUGUUUUUCUUAUCUGCUCGUGUAGCAUGUCCUAUCUCUCUGCUGCAUGCUGAUCUGCUCCUCUCUCUGUUCUUUCUUUCUCCAUCCUUAUCCCAGACAUCAUCCAUCAAAAUAAAAACCGAAAAUGACACCUUUUCUUCCUCCGACAACGAGCACACGUUACCCUCUGCUGCUCCCAUGUGGCCGUGUAGGGUAACAGCAGCAGCAGUCUUUAUUUAUGGAUGCCCUGAAUGGCUUGCUAACCUCUCUCUGUUUGCAUUGUGCUUGUGUGUUUGCUGCCAUGCUCUGUGUUUAUGCAAAAAGUCAAUGUAAGAAUGUCAUAUUGUCACAUUAUAAGAGAUUUUUCUUUGUCUUUUAUUGAUUCAUGAGUUAUUUUUGCUUUGUUUUAAAGUUAUUGAUGGCAGUCACUGUUGAUGUAUGGAUGUAACUUAAAGAUUUUAUAUAUUGCGGUAUGAAAGGGGUUUACGUUAACAUUAUUGUUGUUAUUAUUAGAGCCUGCGUGUAGGAAGGAGACUUGAAUCGGCGAUGUCACAAUCAAAUCACGAGAAUGUCGAACUGAUUUGUCCAUCAUGUCCUCCAGCUGAAGAUUGUAGCUCAUUAUGGAUAAACGUCUUUUCUGCAUUUCUAACAGCUGAACUCCAGUUUGUCCAAAGCAGAUCUGUGGUGUUGCACAGCAAGUGACAGACUCGGGAAGUCUUGAAUGUCAGAUUCUGAAGCAUUUUUGUAUGUUUCUACAGUUUAUUUUCAUACACACACACAAACACCAACCAUCUGCCAACAUGGAUAGAUUUAGAAACACUUUUUUGUUUUUUCUUACUAGGGCAUGUUGGUUUAUAAGUUUGGUUAGAGGUCUGGAUUUGUCUUUAAGUUUCACUCAAAGCCCACCACAAGUUUUUCAAACUUGGGGGCUCAACGUCCUGACCUCAGUAGAUAAAUAGAAGAGCCUCGGUGCUUGUUAUGCAGUGUCCCACUUCACUGUGCUGUUGCCAUACUGUAUUCAGACAUAUUCUACUAGAUUUCUACCACAACGAAGCUGUUAGAUCUAUUUUACUUUAAAAAGAAAUACAUUGGAGACUUCUAUAUAGCCACAGUUUUCACUUCUUUUUGUCAUUCUUGUGUUGUUCAUUCUAAAGAUUUCUUUGCUACUUUUGUAUCCCAGAGAGAAGACUAUAUUUUAACUCUGUUAGAAUGUGUGUUCAAGUUUAUAACCAAAAUGAGAGCAUAAACAAUAUGUGAUUCAUUAGAGAUUUACCAAUAGUUCUACACUACACUGCACUUUGUUCUACAACAGAUCCCCUAAAACAAGGUCUAAUGUCCGUGGACCGGGGUUUAUACGUGUUCACUCUUCCUCACAAGUUAUUUUUCUAAGAAUGUAGUGUGUGAAAUUAAAAAAAAGUGACCAAAUAACUUGACUAGGAAUGGACUGUCUGUCUGUAUGUCUCAAAGUGGUUAAUCGCACCAGCCUUCUACUGCUGAUUAGAAUGUCAAACUGCUUUUUCUAAGUCCAUCAGCAGGACAGCAGGUGCUCAUCCCGUCAUUCCUGAGCUUGGCAAAGGUCGGAAAUGUCGACUUUUGUGCUCUGAGCGGCACGUUUCAUAUCAUACCUUCAGUACAGCACUGUUUGUAUUACUAAACAGGUUUUGAGAAUUUUCCUUUUUUUUGUUUUUUUUUAAUUUUUGUUUUUUGGAUAAAGAUUUUAAAAGUUCACCUGUUGACUUUUUGCCAGCCUGUCUGUAGCAAAUGAAGGCAAAGCACUGUAUUGUCAUUCUGCUUGUAAUAAAGAAAGAGUGAAAACA